CGCGGUCUUCCGACUGGACGAAGAGGAUCGUUUUCGUGCUAGUGAUACGAAACACGAUCUUCAAACUUGGCUGGAUAAUCUUAAACAAAAACGUGCAGGAAAGAGGCUGCGCUCAGCCAUGGGAACGGCAAAGAUGAAACAUCUUUUGCCGUUGGUGGUAUGGAUAAUAUUAAGCUCAUGUCCAGCUGAAUCAUUAAAUAGAGGGAGACCAGGUGCUAGAAGAGAAGUAUUCUUUUUAAAUUUAGAGGACGGUUAUUUUGGUUGCCAAGUCAACGAGUCAACAGAUGUCUUACAACUAUUAGAGCUGUCAAGGCUUUGCGAUGGUCAUACAGACUGUUAUCAAGGCACUGAUGAGCAGCACAGUAAACUCAAAUGUACCGAUGACUGUACCAAAGAAGAUGGAACAAAAUGUGAAAAUGGAGUCUGCCUCGACUCUGUAUGUCAUUGUAAUGAUGGCUUCGGAGGUUGUAACUGUCAGGUUUCAGAUGAAAAUGAAUGCAAAUAUCGGCCGUGUGAUAUUUUUGCUCACUGUACCAAUACUCUUGGCAGUUUUCAAUGCUCCUGCUUUCCUGGGUAUCGGGGUGACGGAUUUCAAUGCGAAGACAUUAAUGAAUGCGAUGAUCCAGUCCUGGCAGCACGGUGUGUAGAGAAUGCUGAAUGCUGUAACCUUCCUUCGAAUUUCCUUUGUAAAUGUAAACCUGGUUAUAUCGGUGAUGGGGAAGAACACUGUGAGGAUUUGGACGAAUGUACCAUUCCUGGUGCGUGUGCAGAGGAUGCUAUUUGUCAAAAUAUUCCCGGAAAUUACACUUGUUCUUGCAAGCAAGGUUACACUGGAGAUCCAUACGACAAUUGUAUCGAUGUAAACGAAUGUGAAGAUGGAGAUGCUUGCCACCAAGGAGCUUUAUGCGUUAAUUUACCAGGAAGUCAUAAAUGCGAAUGUCCUGAGGGUUUCGAAGGCAAUCCCGAAGAUGGUUGUCAAGAUAUUGAUGAAUGUGCUCGAACCCCUUGCGGUCGCUCCGCUCUUUGUACAAACUUGGAUGGAAGCUUCCGUUGCUCUUGCCCCGAAGGGAUGGAUGGUGAUCCUUCAUCAGGCUGUUACGACAUUAAUGAGUGUGAGGAUACCGGUCUGUGCGGACCGAAUUCCAAAUGCUUAAACACCGAAGGCAGUUACAAGUGCCAAUGCUUAGCUGGAUAUCAAGAAGAUUUGACUCACGGAUGCGUCGACUCCAAUGAAUGUGCCCAGAGUAAUAUUUGCGCUACUAAUGCCAAGUGCAUUAAUGUACCCGGAUCGUUUAAAUGCAUAUGUCCUCAAGGCUUUAUCGGUCAAGGUCUCACAUUGUGUGAAAAUGUUAAUGAGUGUGAAAAUAAUCCGUGCGGAGAAAAUACAGAAUGUACCGAUACAGUGGGAAGUUUUGUCUGCAGUUGCAAAGCAGAUUACACUGGAGAUCCAUUUAAAGGCUGCAGCGAUAUAAACGAGUGUACGGCAUAUGAAAAACCAUGUGGUAGAAACGCUAUUUGUAAAAAUUCAAAUCCGGGAUACAACUGCAUUUGUCCACCCGGAUAUAGUGCUAAUCCCAGCCCAGCAAUUGCUUGCGAUCAGACCGAUGUGGCAAUUGCGUGUAAAUCGAACUUUGACUGUGUUAAUAAUGCUGAAUGUAUCGAAGAACAAUGUCUCUGCAAAGAUGGAUUUAAGGCGGUCGGUGCCAAAUGUAUAGAUGUGGAUGAAUGCACAGCAAAUCCUUGCGGACCUGCUGCAGUAUGCACAAAUGUUAAAGGCAGUUACCAUUGUGAUUGUGAGACAGGCUUCGUUGGAAGUCCACCACAUAUUCCAUGCAAAGCACCCUGUGAUGAAGUUACAUGCGGAGAGCAUGCGUUCUGUAAGGCAGAUAGACAUGAAGCCUAUUGUAUUUGUGAAGAAGGCUGGACUUUUAAUCCAAAUGACAUAGCAGCGGGAUGCAUCGAUAUAAACGAAUGUGACGUUAGUAAUGGUCCAUGGGGACGAUGCGGCAACAAUGCAAUAUGUACAAAUACUCCAGGAGGAUUCAACUGUCAAUGCGAAGCAGGGUAUUCAGGGAAUGCCUUUAAGCAGUGUAUAGAUGUUGACGAAUGCUUACGUUCUGGAUCAUGCGGCUACGGAGCUAUCUGCAGUAACAACGAAGGCUCAUACACAUGUUCAUGUCCGGAAGGAACCAUACCAGACCCAGAUCCUACUGUCAAAUGUGUUGGUGUAGUUACUUGCAAUACAGAUGGUGAUUGUCCUGGAAACGCAAUCUGUGAUCCUCAAAAACGGUGCUUGUGCCCAGAACCAAAUAUUGGAAAUGAUUGCAGACAUCCGUGUGAAGAUAUGUUCUGCGGCCCUAACGCUCAAUGCAUGUUGCUGAGUGGUACCGCGACUUGCACAUGUGGAAACGGAUUCACUGGAAAACCAGGUGUAAAAGGAGGAUGUAGCGACAUAAACGAAUGUGCGGUAAAUCCUUGCCCGCCAGGAGCUAUUUGCAAUAAUGAGCCAGGUUCAUUCUCAUGUCAAUGUCCCAGCGGCACAACGGGAGACCCCUACAAUGGAGGGUGCCAGGAAUCUGAAUUGCCCCAUGUUUGCGGACCCAACACUCCAUGCCCUGUGGGCGAACAGUGCAUUCAAGACGAAUUCAUUGGAAGCAGUGUCUGUAUUUGCCAGCGGGGAUACAUCCGUGAUAAGGAAAGUGAAAAAUGCAGAGAUAUUAACGAAUGUUUGGAACCAAGGGAUAAGACAGCAUGUGGUGUUAAUGCUAUUUGCAAGAAUUUACCGGGAAGCUACGAAUGCCAGUGCCCACCGGGAUUCAAUGGAAAUCCAUUUUCCCUCUGCGAAGAAUGCAACAGCAUCGAAUGUCAAUGUCAGCCACCAUACAAAAUAGUGAACGGCAAGUGCAUGUUGGCUGGGUGUUCAAAAGGUGAAAGCUGCCCUAGUGGAGCAGAAUGUAUAACCAUUGCCGGAGGUGUCAGUUAUUGCGCUUGCCCUAAGGGCUAUCACGCAAGACCAGACGGAUCAUGUGAAGAUAUAAAUGAGUGCAUCGAGGGUCAGCAGGUAUGUGGAUAUGGAGCCGAAUGCAUAAAUUUGCCUGGUUCACAUCAAUGCGUUUGCCCUCAUGAUUAUGGCGGCGAUCCAUACAAUGGCCUCUGUUCGCCAGCUCAAAAAAGAUGUACGAAUGACAAUGAGUGCAAAGCAAAUGAGAAGUGUGUUCAACCUGGAGAAUGCGUUUGUCCACCUCCCUUUUAUACUGAUGUUCAAGAUGGAAAUCUGUGUAAAAAUCCAUGCAACCGAUUUCCAUGUGGCAUGCAUGCAAAAUGCACUCCAAGUGAUCCUCCGAAAUGUAUGUGCGAAGCUGGAUAUGAAGGAGACCCUCAACACGGCUGUUCAGACAUCAAUGAAUGUGCUAAUAAUCCCUGCGGUCAAGGGGCUUAUUGUCUUAAUACCAACGGUGCUCACAUUUGUGAGUGUCCGAAAGGUACAGUUGGCGACGCUUAUGGGGCCGGUUGUACAGGUGUUCCAACUGGAAAGCAUGAGUGUACGUCUAAUGAGGAUUGCGAAAACUACUAUGCAUGUGAUCACGGUAGAUGUGUAAAUCCGUGUAACUCAUUACCUUGUGGACCAAAUGCUUACUGUGAGCCGGACAAACACGCUGCAUGGUGUCGAUGUGUUGUGGGAUUUACCGAAGGAAAGAAUAAUGAAUGCGUUUCUCAAUGUGAUGGAUUUGUAUGCGGAGGUGGUGCACAGUGUAUAGUUAGUUACGAUGGUCCGACUUGCAAGUGUAUUGAAGGACUUAUAGGAAAUCCUUUCCCUGGUGGUCAAUGUACUCCAGAUGUAUGUUCAUCAGAUGUACCGUGUGCUGAACCAAGUAUUUGCAUAAGCGGACGGUGCAAGCGCCGUUGUGAAGGUAUAGUUUGUGGUGUUGGAGCAAGCUGUGAUCCAUCGACGAACAAAUGUAUAUGUAAUCCGUACUUUGUUGGGAAUCCGGAUCUGCUAUGCAUGCCACCUAUACAGCCUCCAACAUGUGAUCCAAGUUGUGGCGACAAUGCUCAUUGUGAAUACGGUUUAACCACUUCCAAAUGCAUGUGCAAUCCUGGCACCAAUGGAAAUCCAUAUCAUGGCUGUGGUAUACAAGACAAAUCUGAUUGUUCUGUGGAACUAUGCGGUAAGGAUGCGCAUUGCCGAGCUGGGCUGAAUGCUGUGGAAUGCUUAUGCCCACCAGGCUAUGCAGGAAAUCCUUAUAUUCAAUGCUAUGAUAUUAACGAAUGCAAUGGAAACGCCUGUGGAAAUGAGGCAGUGUGCAUUAAUACUAUCGGAAGUUAUGACUGUCGUUGUAAGGAAGGAUUUAUAGGGAAUCCAUUUAUUGGAUGUCAUAAAGUUCUUGUAAAUCUGUGCGAAGACCCUACAAUUUGCACGUGCAGUAAUGAAGUGCCAUGCCCAUCAGGCUAUUCUUGUAUUCAAAGUAAAUGCAUUGAUGCGUGCAGUGACAUCAAAUGUGGCCCAAGAUCUGUCUGCGAAGAAGGAACAUGUGUUUGUCCUUCAGGCUACAGUGGAAAUGCAAACGAUCUUAACAAUGGCUGCCAUCUCCAGGGUCAUUGCUCUAAGGAUCAUGAUUGCGAAGCUCAACAAAUAUGUUUCCAAGUUGGCAAGGGCUCUCGAAAAUGCGUAGACGCCUGUAGCAAAUUACAAUGCGGACCGAACGCAUUGUGCGUAACUCAAAACCAUGUAUCGUCCUGUAUUUGUAUUGACGGAUACUUCGGAAAUCCCAGCAAUCUAGUAAAUGGAUGUCGACCCGAAAGAACCAUUCCUACAUCGACAUGUUCCGACGACACAGAAUGCACGAUAGGCUCCUUUUGCACACUUUUGGAUACUGGCAUUCGGGAAUGCGUGGAUCCAUGCAGCCAAAUAAUAUGCGGUUCUCACGAAAAAUGCCAACCAGAUGCAACAAGACACGCCACAUGCAUAUGUCAAGAUGGAUAUGAAUGGAAUCCAGUUCUAUCCUCUUGUGAAAAGCCCUCAGUGCCCGAUUGCAUAACAGACGACGACUGCGAAACGACUGCAGCAUGUCAACCAGAUGAUUUGCGAGUUUUGAAGUGUACUUCUGUCUGUAAGGCAUUUACGUGUCCUAUAAAUUCGCAGUGUACCGCGUUCAAUCAUCAGGGUCAUUGUGAAUGUCUACCCGGUUAUACUGGAAAUCCGAACGAUCGUAGCGGCUGUCAAACUUCUCACAAAGAUAAAUGUAACACUGAUACGCAAUGUCCUGAAGACCAAACGUGCAGAUCUUCAAGUGAUGGCACCUUGACAUGUCAACCUGUAUGUAAUUUCGUUACCUGUGGACCAAAUGCACUCUGCAUUGUAAAUAAUCAUGUGGCAAGGUGUGAAUGUCCACCAGGUCUUUACGCUGGUGAUGCUAAUGACCAGACUAAAGGAUGUCAAACUGUUCCCUGUGUAUAUAAUAUCGAUUGCCCACCAACGCAAUUGUGCAAUCGAUUAACGCACACUUGUUACGACGCUUGUGACGAGAAUUUAUGUGGAUUGAAUGCUGUGUGCAUAGCUGAUGAUCAUAAAGCAACGUGUCAGUGCCCACCAGGCUUUAAAGCAAAUCCUGUACCGGACAUUGAAUGUGUUAGUAGCGAAGCAUGCUCGCCAAAUUAUUGUCAUGCCACUGCAGUUUGCAUUACGGGUGUUGCGAACACGCCAAUAUGCCAAUGCCCGCCAAAUCACGUUGGAGAUCCUUACACAACUGGAUGUCAACUGGAAGGAUCGUGUUCCACGAACAAUGAUUGCCCUGUACAAGCAAUUUGCCAAAAUAAUAAAUGCAUCAAUCCAUGUGAAAAUGUCUGUGGCGCAAAUGCAAUAUGUGAAAUUAAUAACGGAGAGCCUAUCUGCAGGUGUCAUGAUAGAUUCGUACCAUCUAGCAAAGGCCCACAAGAAGGUUGUGUAAGGUCUACCAGUUCGUGCUUGACGAAUGCAGAUUGUGAUGGAAACUUUUGUUUAGAUGGCCGAUGCAGAGCUGCAUGCCGUUCCGGUUCCGAUUGUUCUGAGGGUGAAAAGUGUAUAAACAGCUUAUGUGCUAUCCCUUGCAUAUCCCACUCGCAAUGUCAGUCAGAUCAGGCCUGUAUCAGAGGAACAUGUACACUAGGGUGUCGUGGCAAUAAAAAUUGUCCAUCAUCGGAAUCAUGCAUCAACAACAAAUGUGAAGAUCCUUGCACAAAAGAAAAUGUAUGUGGCGCCAACGCGGAAUGUAGCUGCCUAGACCAUUCUACAGUAUGCAGUUGUCCAGUUGGAUUCCAAGGUAGUCCAACACCAGAAGAGGGUUGCGUGCGUGUUCCAACAACGUGUGAGACACCUCGAGAUUGUCCUUCCAAACACACGUGCAUUUCUGGCUUCUGCCAAUGCCAAUGUAAUCAGCAGAAUGAUUGUGCUCACGGGGAACGUUGUAAAAAUGGCAUCUGUGUAAAGAUAUGUUAUCGAGACAGCAAUUGUUUACCUGGAGAACAGUGUAUCGGUGGUCAUUGUGAAAUUGGGUGUACCUCGGAUGCUGGUUGCAAGAGUGAUGAAAUAUGUAUUAAUAACAAAUGCAGAUGCGGUCACGGAUUUAUCGCUGGCCCUGAAAAGUGCUUAGAUAUUAAUGAAUGCGAAGAGCAGCCUUGUCAUCAAAGUGCAGAGUGUAACAAUCUUCAUGGUUCAUACCGUUGCAUAUGUCCUCAAGGGACAGCUGGUGAUCCAGUGGGUACUGGGUGCUUGAAACCGCAUCAAUGUAGUCAUGACACCGAUUGUGCUGACUCGCAGGCUUGCCUGCAAAAUAACUGCACAGAUUCAUGUGCGUUUGUAGAUUGUGGAUCCAACACAAUAUGUUCUGUAAUUGACCAUACUGCCACAUGCCAGUGCCAGCCUGGUUAUAUAGGAGAUGCGUCUGGAUGUUUCAAAGUUGAAUGUCUUUCCAACAGCGACUGUCCAGAAGAGAAAUACUGUAAUCAAGAAACGAACAAAUGUGCAAGCCCAUGUAAUCAAAUGAAUUGUGGAUAUGGAAACUGUGCUGUCAUAAAACAUACAGCCUCAUGUAACUGUUACUCAGGCUUUGCUCUUGUUGGUGAUACAUGUGCUGAUAUCGAUGAGUGUAAACAAAAUCCUUGCCAUUUGACAGCUACGUGUCAUAACACCGAAGGUUCUUUCGCAUGCGUUUGUCCUCAUGGUUUGAUUGGAGACCCCAUUAAACUUGGCUGCAGAGAACCUAGUGAUUGCUUUACUGAUUCUGAUUGUCCAACAUCAGCAACGUGCAUAGAGAACAGUUGUCGCAAUCCUUGUGAGAAUCCAUCUAUCUGUGGCCAGAAUGCUGAAUGCAAUGCCGUACGUCAUGCACCAGUGUGCCGAUGCCCUAGUCAAACUACCGGAGAUCCUAAAACGGCAUGUGUUCAUUUGGAAUGUAAUUAUCACAAUGACUGUGGUUCAUCCAAAGCAUGCUUUGACAACAAAUGCAUCGAUCCAUGUUCUGUACCCAAUGUAUGUGGACAGCGAGCUGAUUGUUCACCAUUAAACCACAGUGCAGUUUGCACUUGUCAACCAGGAUGUACAGGUGAUCCAAACCUCGGUUGUGUUCCUGUGCAGUACUGCAAAUCAGAUACACAGUGUCCAACUAGUUCCACUUGUAAUGGCGGAGUGUGCACCUCUGUUUGUACAAGUACACGAGAUUGCAUUGGUGAUCAAUUGUGUAUUAACCAAGUCUGUCAGCCGACGUGCAGAAGCAAUUCUAGCUGUCCAGAGUAUCAAUUCUGCCAAAAUAACAUAUGUGUCCAAGAAUUACGUUGUAUUUCGGAUAACGACUGCGAUGACAGUGAAAAGUGCAUCAGAAACUCCAUAGGACAAGCUGAAUGUAAAAAGUCAUGUGAGCUCAUUUUGUGCGGCCGCAAUGCGGUUUGCAAAGGUCAAAACCAUGAGGCUUCCUGCUCUUGUGAUAGUGGAUUCUUUGGAGAUGCCUAUGAUGAUAAAAUGGGUUGUCAACCUGUGGAAUGUGAAUCUCAUCAGGAUUGUUCUGACGAAAAAAUAUGCGAUUCUCAUAAAUGCAGAAUUGCUUGCCUUGCAAACAAUCCUUGUGGACCAAACGCUAUAUGUUCAACCGAAAAGCAUUCACAAGUUUGUACCUGUCAACCUGGGUAUACAGGGGAUCCAGCUCAAGGAUGUGACCUUAUCGAUUUUUGCGCUUCAACACCUUGCGGUCCAGGUUCUUCUUGCGAAAAUUCACGUGGUUCAUUCAAAUGUCUAUGUAAACCAGGGACUGUCGGGGAUCCAUAUAACAGUGGUUGUCAUGAGCCUGGAUACUGCCAGAAUGAUGAAGAUUGUCCAUUGACUGCUAAAUGCAUUACAUUAAAUGGAAAACCCAAAUGCGUUGAUGUUUGCUCACAAUUGGAAUGUGGUCCAAAUGCUGAAUGUAUCGCAUCUGAACACACUGGCGUUUGUCGAUGUCGCUCUGAUUAUGAAGGAGACCCGAGCAGCUCAAGUAUCGGGUGUAGACCGAAACCCAUACCGUGUUCAUCAGCAGUUGAUUGCUUGCCUAACACUUAUUGCUAUGAAAAGAUCUGUCGUCCCUCUUGCCUAUCUGAUGAGGAGUGCAAUUUAUCAGACAUAUGUUUGAACGGCCAGUGUUUGAAUCCGUGUGAUAUUAAAACAGCAUGUGGAAUAAAUGCUGAGUGCGAAGUACGAGGUCAUAUAAAACAAUGUAGCUGUCCACCCGGUUUCACAGGCAAUUCCGAGGUUGAAUGUGUGAGAGUACCUGUCUCUUGUAAGAGCAACAGCGAUUGCAGUGAAGGAAACAGUUGUCGAGAUAAUAUGUGCCUCCCAGUUUGCACAGCGGAUACUAAAUGUGCUUUCAAUGAAAAGUGCAUUCGUGAAAAUUGUUUGUUAACUUGUAGACUUGACCAUGAUUGUUUCCUUGGGAACAUUUGUUUGAACAAUCUGUGCUCGUUUGGCUGUCGUGGAGACGAAGAUUGUAGUGCAGAUCAAGCCUGCUUCUCUAACAAGUGUAUAAAUCCAUGCGAAGCAACACCAUGUGGUCCUAAUGCCAAAUGCACAGUAGCCAACCAACGAGCUACAUGUUCUUGUGGACCUGGUUUUAUAGCUAAUCCAACUGCUAAGGUAGCUUGCUUACGCUCCCCUGGACCAGGUUGUCAGGCGAACAGGGAUUGUACACCUGGCACCGCCUGCAUUGCAAAUCUUUGCACAUCUGUUUGUUCAUCAAAUGCAAACUGCUUAAGCAAUGAGAGAUGUGACAACUCCGGAGUAUGUAAAUCACUUUGCAGACGCGAUGAGGACUGUCGUAGUGGUGAGAUAUGUGAAGGACUUGUUUGCUCUAUUGGUUGUAGAUCAGACAACGAAUGCCAGGAAAGUCACGCCUGUGUAAACAACGAGUGUUCAGAUAUUUGUGCUGUUCCUGGUGCAUGUGGUACAAAUGCCAAAUGUUUAGCUAAUAAUCAUCAAAAACAAUGCAUUUGCCCAUCUCCAUUGGUGGGAAAUCCGAUAGUUGGAUGUAGACAAGUAUUCCUUCCUUGUACAUCAAGUGCAGAUUGCCCGUCAGGUCAAUCAUGUUAUGGCAAAUUGUGUUAUACAACAUGCAGAAGCGAUUCAAAUUGUCUCAAUGAUGAGCGUUGUGAUGGCGGACUAUGCAAAACGAUAUGUAAUAGUGAUGACAAGUGUGUAUCACAGCAAAUUUGUAAAAAUCGACUGUGUGACAUUGGUUGUCGCAGUGAUAAUACAUGUCCCAGUGAUGAAUCUUGUUUGAAUAGUCAAUGCCAAAAUCCAUGUAAAGGAGGCAGCGCUUGUGGAGAAUGUGCAGGUUGUCGUGUGGUAAAUCAUGCAGCUCAGUGUAGUUGCCCAGCAAACUACUUCGGUAAUGCCCUGAUCAGCUGUGCCAAAUCUGCAAUCCCAUGUCAUAGUUCCUGUGAAUGUGACGAGGUUGGUUUUUGCACAUCGAGCUGCACGACCCAGGAUCAAUGCUCUUGUGGAGAAGUUUGUAAUUCUGGAAAGUGCAGAGUUAAAUGUGACGUGAACGGUGGUUGCGCAAAGGGUUAUAUGUGCGAAAAAGGCUUAUGCCUUGUAGGAUGUCGAGCUCACUCUGACUGUCCCUCGUCGCUUUCUUGCACAAACAAUCAGUGCGUAGAUCCAUGUAAUAGUGGAGAAUCACCAUGUGGAAUAAAUGCACUCUGUCGAGUGUCCAACCAUCGAGCUGUAUGCCUCUGCCCAGAAGGCUUUCAGGGGGAACCCAGUCAAGAAUGUUACCAAUCGGAAUGUCAAUUAGAUGAGGAUUGUGAGCCAAAUAAGCAUUGCAGCAUAGGUCGCGUUUGUACGAAUCCAUGUCUGCAACAAGGCGUUUGUGGAUUCAACGCGCAGUGUCGUGUGGUGAACAGACAAGCACAAUGCUCUUGUCCGCCAGGACACUUUGGAAAUCCGAAAGUUAAUUGCAAAAAAGGAGGUGAUGAUUGCUUGCGGAGUCCAUGCGGCGUCAAUGCUAAAUGCAGGGACACUACUGGGGGAUUCGACUGCACAUGCCAUGCAGGAUGUGUUGGAGAUCCAUACACAGGAUGUGUCUGUGAAGGUGGAGAUCUUUGCCAAAGUGCCCAAUGUGGUGUUAAUGCCGCAUGUCGUAUCAAUAACAAUGAGCCUCAGUGCUAUUGUCCUCCAAACUUCUCAACUGGGGAUCCGUCUUUAGAAUGUCGCGCAGAGCCUGCACUAGGAGACUGUCGGACAGUUGGAUGUGGAAAAGGCGCAGAAUGCUUACGAGAUGGUACAAUAUUCGUGUGCCGAUGCCCUCCUGGUACUAGCGGUUCUCCAGACAUUGAAUGCAUAACAGAAAGAGAAUGCAGCAGUGACUUAGAGUGUCCGAACGAGAAAUCCUGCAUAAAUCUACAAUGUCUGGACCCAUGCGCACUUCGCGGUGCCUGCGGAAUAAAUGCCUUAUGCCGUGUCGUGUUACACAAGCCACACUGCUCGUGUCCACAAUGUUACAUCGGCAUUCCCCAAACUGCUUGCCAACCAGAUCCAAAAUGUGAAAAACUCGAUCCCCGACCUAACUUCCCAAGUACAGGUUGCGCUUCUAACUACGAUUGCCCGGAAAGUCUUUCCUGCAAUAUUCAGACUGGAGAGUGCCGCGACCCAUGCUUGAACUCCAAGUUUAACUGCGAUGUAAAUAAGAAGUGUCAGGUGCGAAAUCACAGCCCAAUGUGUGUCUGUAAAUAUGGAUUCGUUGUCAACGAUAUUGGGGAACUAACUUGUGCUCCUGACACAUUGUCGUGCUUGAGAGAUUUUGAUUGCCCAUCAAAUGCUGCUUGCAUUAACGGAAAAUGUCAAAACCCUUGUAAUGUGCGAAACAAACCACCAUGCCCGGUUGACAAAACUUGUGACGUACUGGAUCAUCGCCCUGUGUGCAUAUGCACUCGAAACUGCAAUCCUUCCUUAUCCAUCUGCCUGCGAAACAGUGGCUGCUCCGCAGACCUGGCGUGCCGCAACUAUCGCUGUGUGGAUCCUUGCAGUAACUCCACCUGUCCGGCUGAUGCUCCAUGUUACGUGGAGGAGCACAAGCCUAUCUGCAAGUUCUGUCCCUCAGGCUUUGUGCCAGAUACUAAAUAUGGAUGCAUGAAAGCCAUUGACAACUUCAACCCAACGAUUGUCUGCGAGUCCGAUGAUGACUGCAAUCAUACAAAUGCCUGCGUAAAAGGGUUUUGCGUUGAUCCUUGCACCACCAACUGCCUACUGGCAGCUCAAUGUCGAGUUGAAGCACACAGGCCUAUUUGCGAUUGCGAUUUAAACAACCCUCAAUGUCUAAAAAGCGUAUCCAAUUCUACAGUUUCUGUGGGUAAUUUAGAUGCCACAGCUGCCUCAUCAUCACCAAGCACACGUUUUAAAUUAGACAAUAGCACUACAAAAAUAAUCACUUCUACGGAAACAGCUGUAAGGUCAACAUUAACAUCCAAUACUAGAAACUCAUCAGUAGAAUUUACCACGUUGAGUGGAAAUCAGAUCACUGAUACAUCAAACUUGAGUGAUGUGGGCGAUCACCUGGCUAUAGAGUCUACACCAAGCAUUGAUAGUGAUAGCUCACUAACUACUCAGCAUAUUCCAACCACACAACAUGUACUGAACAGCGGAACUGAAGAUAUAUCAAUGAAAUUUACAACACUAACUCCAGAGCUUGCAACAUAUACCAAUACGAAAUAUACACCGAUUACUAAAACCACAUCCAGAACGAAUAUUGCUUUAACUACCAAUAUUAAGGACGAAACAAGUAUUUUAACGACUCCUAAAACCGGUACUGAAGACACAAUAAUUUCUUCAACCACAGUUAUGGAUCCAACAUCAUUUGUUGUUAGCAAAAUUUUAGUUAAUUCUAUAGCACUAAAUGCAGACCCUGAAGCGAGUAGUAAAAGCAGGGAUACAACAAGUCAGUCGCCUAAGUACAUUGAAUCCCGAAUACCUGAAUCAACAACAGAUAGUAAGCAGUAUACAUUGGAUCAAAUAAGUACUUCACCUCAUCCUUACAGAGAGUCUGGCGAAACUACUUUAAGUACGAGUACAGAAGAAAUUGUGACCCCGACAGUAAAUUCAACGACACAUUCAUUUGAAAAUUAUGUCAAAUCACUUACAACUGAAAAUGCUAAUAAGUGGAGCUAUUCAAUCAUGGUACCAAGCCAAGAAACACAACAUACAAGUACAGGACAAACUACAAUAAUAAAGAAAGCAACACAAUCAACAACACUACAAAUGGAUAGUGUUAGCUCAACACCUUCCAAUAAGGAUGAUGAAAUUAUUAUUAGUAGGAGCACUGUUAACUCAAAUCAUAUUCAUACAACGCAAUCGAACACAGAGAAACUGGAAAAUAUCUUGUCUGAAACAUUGCCAUCUAAAGAUUACUCUUCAGUAACUGAGAGUCUUACGAAUGAUGAUACUUCUACACUGAAAUCAGGAUUGACUAAUAAUAAUCUAGGAAUAUCUGUUGAUAAUUUAACUUUGACGGAAUCAAUUUCAAUUACAACAAAUAAAAUAACACAGACUGACUAUGUAUACAUACCUACUGAAAAUCCUGUAGAAGUUAAUAUGGGAUUCAAGGACUCGACCGAUAAAAUACUACUGGAAAAAACUGGAUCACGACCCAGUGGAUUAAAUGGGAAUAAUGAAAUUUUUCAGAUUAUAGAUCAAGUUGAACACAAUAUCCCAGAUCUCGAAACUACCACUUCCUCAAAUGCGAGCUCUCCAAUUACAUCACCUAAUAACCUUGGAGAUGUCACACAAGAAUCUAUCACUAGAUAUCAGGAUCAACCAGUGUAUCAAUUUAGUGAAGAUACGGAACUACCAGUAACUCAUUCUGAGUCAUUUGAAUCCAGUACUACAAGUACAACACUAAACAAUACAAAUAAUCCCACUAAAACUAUUCAAGUUACCAGCAUAACUGAAAAAUUAGUUCCAACGAAUGAAUAUGAUACCACUAUUCAAGGUUCAUAUACUUUUAUUCAUCACCCUACCGAAAAAGUCGUCAAUCAAUUUGAGAACGAUGCAGCAGCAACAAGCACAUAUGAAACAAAUACUGAUGGUGAAAAAUCGUCAAUACAUCAGUUCAUAUCUUCAAGUCCUAAUAUAGAUGGAAAUUACAAAAUGACCGAUAAGGUUGACCGGAAAUCACAAAGCCUUCCAACAUUGCUUCCGUUCCUAGAAACAAGUAACGAUCUAAAAGAUUCUCACGAAAAAUAUUCAACUUCAACAAUAGUAGAUUCUACAGCUGAGGCAGAUUUUCUGAGCACGACAUCAGCAAUGAGUCAAUCAGACCAAAUACAAUCAAUAUCUGAUGCUUCGGAAGUACCAAGUGUGACAUACCCAACAGAUUCCACAACCAAAAAAUAUUCACAUGAUUAUUCGGAUGCGACAAUUUCUACACAAAACGGUGUGAAUGUACAUUCAUUUGAUACUUUAGUCGUUCACAGUCAUAUUUCACCCAUGAAUACAGAAUCAACCCAAUCAUUUCUGAAUGAAAAUCAUGAAAUCACGGAAUCAUCGACGAUACUCGAACUGCCCAGUUUUGCAACUGUAUAUACUACUCCAUUCAAUAAUGAUGGAGUUGAAGAUUCUACAAAUCUACCUAUUAUAAAUGAUUAUCAAACAAAAGUUGCUUCUGAUCUUACAGGAUCUUUUACAAUGCCCGCAGCAGUUACAGAACAGAUAAUGAUUCAUGAAAAUAGAGAUAGUGCAACUUUAAAAACUGCUGACGGAAUCUCGGAAAGUACUUCAUUUUUUUUGGGUUCACAUACAAUACAUGGUAAGGACGAAGUCCAUGAAUCGAUAACGAUAGAUGAAUAUACCACUUUGGAUUAUUUUCAUCCGUCGCAGAAUAACAAAAUUGAUACACCAGCGACAGAAAAGCUGUCGCAUAAUGUCAAUCCAAUAAUAUCAAUCAAUCCAUUAUUACUUGAUGAUGUUAUGGAACCAAUAUCAUCGACAACAGAGCCAAUGCCAACAAGUAAAAUUCAAUCAACCUACAAAAACAUAAAUACUGAUCUAGUAACUCAACAAAUUUCUCAGUCACACAAUUUCAUCACAUCACCUAAGCCAUAUGAAGUGACACAAGUUUUUUCGAACCCUAAUCCUGGGUUAAAUUCUGAUAAUAGUAGUCCAUCAACGAGAAAUGUUUUUCAAUUGAUUACUGAGGCCACCGCCCACAGAGCUAACGGAGAUAAAUCGACAGAAUCAAUCAGUGAAAAUUCCGAAUUGGAUCGUACAACGUAUAAUUCUAUUUCCACUGCUCCAUUAACUACAAGAGUAACUACAGAAGGCCUCACUGUAUUAACAGAAUCUCAAGCAGCACAAGAAUUCACUAUACUACCCCAAAGUGACCCAACACGCACCACUAUUAUUGUCGAUGACAACCUGCCUACUGGGGUUCCUCAGUCACAUGUUCACAACAAUAAGUAUCCAAAUGAUCUGGUUACAGAGCAUGGAACAAAACUAGUUCAUGAAAAUGCAGGAAUUGUCUCUACUGAGCACACCACUAAAAACAUACCUAAAAGUGAUAACAUUAUACUGAACCAGCACCAAACAAGUACAAAAUGGUUCAACUUAGAUGGCAUCAAGACGACACCUGCAAACAUUAACGAUAACAAUCCAACAAGUCAAUAUGCUUCUUCAGAGAUCAUUUUCAAAGAUCAAAAUAGCCAGCCUCCGCAACAAAUAAUACCAGCAAAAGAAGAAAGCUCAGGCAUUGACUUUGUUACACAAAAGUCGUCAUCUACUUUUCAGCCAGCUACACAAGUAUCAGGGCCAGAUGUUACUACAGUCAACAAACCUGAAGCAAUAUCUAAUAACCCCAUCGACGCCGAUGAAUUUGAAACAACACAUAUGAACUCAUAUGGCGAUAACUUGUCAACUAAAAUGGAAUCUACCCAUAAAAUCAAUGAAGCUGUGGAGCAUACGACGAUACACUUUAUUCAGAAAAAUUCGCCUACUGUUAGUUUAACUCCGCAAUCAAAGGAAGCAACUCCUGCUGUUAGUCUGGAAUCCUCAACAUCACUGAAAUCCGGAAACAUCAAUGAUGAUAGUCUGACGACUGAAAGUAUUAUACGGAUGAAUAUUCCAGUUGCCACGGACAAGAACAUCCAAUUCAACACUACUGUCGGUUGGUCAACCAAGUCAUCUGAAGCAGCUCUCACUGUAGUUUCGAAAUAUUCAACAACGCAAAAAUUCAUGUCUAUGGAUGAGAUUCAAAUGACAGAAGCUAGUAUUGAUGAUGCUACUGAUACAAUUGAAAAUGUUCGUCCGUCAAAUCUUCCAAGUACUACACAAAAAACUAUCGAAGUUGCAGAGCACACAACUCUACUAAAUCCCGAAUUUAUGAACACUGAUCAAACCACGCAAGAAUUUGUCCCCAAUUUGGAUUUUACCAUGCAACCACAUGAAGUGGUAUCCACUUUGCCUCUGAAACCGGUAACAACGCAAAAAGUCAUGAAUGGAAAUCCAAUCACACGAACAACUGUUAAUAUUGAUAGUCAUAAUACUGAAUAUGCUUAUGAGUUCAACAGUCAGCCAACUACACAACAUAAUAUCAUAGUCACAGAGCAAGUAACUACACUCAUCCCGGAGGAUUUAGAUAUUGUUUUAACUACAGAAAAAUCUGUAGAUUUAAAUGCGUCUCAAGCAAUACAAGACAAUGUUAAUGAUAGUAGUCUAACUACGGACGAUGUUUUUCAAUCCACUAUUUUAACCACUACAAUCCCUGUUACUAGUUUAACUACUCAAUCAUCUAAAUUAGUUACGAUUGGGAGUGCGGAAUUAUUCACAACGCAAAGAGUUACGACUGUAGAUCAGAUUCAAACAACACAAGCAAAUAAUAAUGAUAAAGGUUCAAUGACUGAAAUUGUUUUUCCGACAGCUAUUCCAAGCACAACGUUCGAAAAUACCGAAGUUACAGAGAAAACCAUUGAAAAAAAAGAAGAGGAUUCAGAAGCCACUCUAACUACACAGACAACUGUAAUUCCAGAAUCCUCAACUACAACAAAACAAAUGAGAAAUACGAUUAAUAUUCCUCAAGCGAACCAUGCAUCAACAAUACUAACAGCAGUAGAACCAGACGUUGACUUCACAACCGUCGAAGUCCCUGAUGAUCGCCAACCUGUAAUGACCGAAGAGCCACAUAUUCCAUUGCUAACAACACCCAACUUAUUACAAGAAAGUGAUGUAGAUACUGCAAACGCAGAUGAUUUUAUUAAAUCUAUUACGACUGAAAGUCUAACUUCAUCUAAGGAGUACUAUUCGACGACAGCACAAGAAGUACUUUCAGCAAAUAAUACCAGAACCACACCUAAACUUGAAGGUCUUGAGUCAGUGACAUAUACGACACAACAAGCAGCUGAUGGGCUGCUACAAGAAACAAGUGAUCCAGUAUCCGAAACAGAACUUGAACAUCCUUCAUCCACAGAACAUGUGACUACAAAAAUGAUAACCAUUGCACCACCAGACUUUGGUAUACUCGAUCAAUCCACAACAAAACCUGAUAAAAGUAUUCAACAGGUUACAUUAUCAACAGUAAUUGGUACUGUGAAUAAUGAACAGGAUGUCUACACAAGUGAUGAGAAAGGAGCAUCUAAUACACAGGAUAAAAGUGGAAGUAAUGUACCCAGCACGAUAAAAAUGACUAAUUUCGAUAAUACCGCUCAAACAGUAAGCAUUCCGAGUACAGUGGCACCAACGAACAUACCUAUUUCAAUAGGAAAUACUGCUACACCGCGUGUUAUAGGAAUUUUCGAUACAUUGUUUGAAAAUAAAAUAACCAAUGUACCUAGCAUGGAAACAGCUACCAGAAAUCCAAGUACGAUGGAUACAAGUUACAGAUUUGAUACAAUGGAAAUAACGACUUCUUACGAUACACUGAAAGCUGAUACUCUAACACAAUCUACUGAAUUACGUAGAUUCACAAAUAUGGUCACAACCACAGACACUUACACGUCAGCUGCGAUUUCCACUAAAAGUUCUGAUCAUGUUAUGAACGAUUAUAUAACAACUUCCGUGGACGACCUAUUAUCUUUCCCGGUUUUAUCAACCACCUCUAAUGCUGAAGGAAUAGAUUGUAGCAGUGAUAGUGAUUGUAUUGAAACUCACUCCUGUAUUAAUGAAGCUUGUAAAAAUCCAUGUGAAGUUAGUAGACCUUGUUUAGGUGACACAAAGUGUGAAGUCAUCAAACAUUGGCCUGUGUGCUUGUGCUCAACUGACCAGCAGAAUUCGUCUAAUUGUAGCAUACUCUCAGAUGUGAAAUGUACGUCACAUACCGAUUGCACAGAGCAGUUGGCCUGCAUCAAUCAACAGUGCCUAAAUCCAUGUACACUUGGCAACCCCUGCGAUUACAUUGAAGAUUGCCACGUCCAGGAGCACAGACCAGUCUGCUUCAAACGAGAAUCUGACCCAAUUCCUGAUGGCUGCCCAGAAUACUGUCCUCCAGGAAUGGAGUGUGAUCCCUCGUCAAGGACUUGCGUGCAAGCGGGUUGCACUAGCAACAGGGAUUGCUUGCUGACGCAGGCGUGCAUCCAAAACAUAUGUCAAGAGCCAUGCGCUGUUCAAAAUCCUUGCGUUAAAAAUGCAGUUUGCAUCAAUACCAACCAUGAAACUGACUGUAGCUGCGAAGAAGGCUAUCACGGAAAUGGAUUCGUCUUUUGCGAUACAGUUGAAGAAGGUAGAAAUAUUUGCCAAUACAAUGAGGAUUGUCCACCGAACAAGCUUUGCGACCGGUUGAAUAGGUUCUGCAUUAAUCCCUGUUCUAAGGAUAUCUGUGGGGAAAAUGCUGAAUGUGUGGCUGAUAAUCAUGAAGCUCAGUGCAAAUGUCAACUCGGGUAUCAAGGAAAUGCAUUCAUUCAAUGUACUAAAGUUGCAGGAUGCUCAAGGGAUAACGAAUGUACAAGUAAUGAGGCAUGCAUAAAUGGUAAAUGUGGAAAUCCAUGUGUUUGUGGGAAAAAUGCAGUCUGUGACGUGAGAAAUCACAAAGGAUCCUGCAAAUGUUUACCUGGUUAUUCUGGCAACCCCAAUGUUGGUUGCCAACAAACAUCAUCAAACCCUUGUAUUCCAAACCCUUGUGGACUUCUAGCAAUGUGUGAAAUAGAUAAUGGAAAUCCAAUUUGUUUCUGUCCGAAAGGCUUGACUGGAAAUCCAUUUAAACAGUGUAUUCCUGAAGGAGACAACUGUAAGGAUAAUCCAUGCGGACCAAAUUCUGGUUGUCGAGUAGUUGAUGGACGUGUGAAAUGUUUCUGCUUACCUGGCUACGAGGGUAAUCCACCUUCAACCACUUGUGGUGUUCCUGAAAAUGCAUGUGAUCCAUCUCCUUGCGGUCCGAACACUCAAUGCUCUGUCUUAGAAAACGGAUUUUCAAAAUGCUCGUGCCUUCUUGGCUAUAUAGAAAGUCCAAACACUGUCAGAGGUUGCAUACCCAAGGCUAAUCCUUGUCAACCAAACCCAUGUGGAACAGGAGCUUUGUGUGAUAUUAACAGAGAUCCACCCUGUUAUUGUCCUGAUUCUACAACUGGAAACCCCUACAGAAGUUGUACAACCGCAACAACACUAGAUUUAUGUCAACCUGGGCCAUGCGGAGGAAAUGCGGAUUGCUAUGUAUCCAAUAACCAAGAACAAUGUUUCUGCAAGGCUGGCUAUGUUGGUGAUCCUUAUUCGGCCUGUCAGAUUCCAAUUGCUGGACCAUGUCAGCCGAGCCCAUGUGGGCCAAAUGCGGAGUGUAGAGUUACUUCACAAAAUCAAGCUUUAUGUGAAUGUACAACAGGAACAUCUGGGGAUCCAACGAGUUCACUAGGCUGCAACAAACCUGAAUGUAUAAACGAUGAUGAAUGUUCGCUGACCGAAGCUUGCAUAGGGUACAAAUGUCACAAUCCCUGUUUGGGAGCUUGUGGAAUUGGAGCCAAUUGCCGCGUGGAAUUACAUCACCCAGUUUGCUCCUGCGAUGAAGGAUUAUUUGGUAAUCCCAUGAUCAAAUGUUCGCCAGCAUUCGAAGGACAAGCACCAAACCCUUGUCAGCCAAGUCCAUGUGGCAGUAAUACAUUGUGUCAAGUGAUUCAAGAUCGAGCAGUUUGUUCGUGCGCACCAGAUUUCUUAGGUGAUCCCCAAACUGGUUGUCACCCUGAGUGCACCAUAAGUUCGGAUUGUCCACUGGACAAGGCUUGCCUAAACAUGAAAUGUGUCAAUCCGUGUUCAUUGGGAAGGAUUUGUGGGUCUAACGCUGAGUGCAGCGUUUCUUAUCAUAUGGCAACUUGUAGUUGCAUUGACAAUUACUUCGGCAAUCCGUUCAUACGCUGCAUUCAACGCCCAACCAUUACGUUUGAUCAACAAAGAAACACUACUCGUCCGUGCGUAGCCUCGCCUUGUGGGGCAAAUAAAAUAUGUGAUGAAUACACUGAUAAAGUAGCUGUGUGUGGAGGCUGUGAUUCUGUGUAUAAUGGGAAUGAUGUGCUUUGUCGGCCAGAGUGCUUGAGUAAUUCUGACUGCCAAUUCAACCAGGCGUGUAUUGGUUGGAAAUGCUUGGAUCCUUGCCUGGGAUCUUGUGGAGCUAAUGCAAAUUGUCAAGUAAUAUUACACGAACCCAUUUGUAGCUGUCCAACUGGUUUAUACGGCAAUCCGUAUGACAGCUGUUCGCCACAAGUCCUUGCGGAUCCAGAUCCAUGUAGCACAACACAAUGCGGCGCAAAUGCAGUAUGUGAAGAGAGAAAUGGUGCUAUUACGUGCAAAUGUUUGACAAAUUACUUUGGAAAUCCAUUCAUGGCUUGCCAUCUUGAGUGUGUCCAAAAUUCUGACUGCAGCUUAAUUCAAGCCUGCUCAAACAACAAGUGUGUGAAUCCUUGCAAUGGAACAUGCGGUAAUGGAGCAUCAUGCGAUGUUGUUAAUCAUUCUCCGGUAUGCUUCUGUGAUCGCGGGCUCAAAGGAGAUCCAUUUGUUUCCUGCCAACCGCAAAAAGACACUGAGAUCACUCCAAUUCCUGGACCUUCAAAUCCGUGUAACCCAUCACCAUGUGGACCAAACAGCAGAUGUAUAGUUUCGCAGAAUGGUUAUCCGACAUGUUCAUGUAUACCAGGUUAUAGGGGAACCCCACCUUUGUGCAAUCCAGAAUGUGUAGUGAGCUCAGACUGUUUACAAAUACAAACUUGCAUCAAUCAGAAAUGUGUGAAUCCAUGCAAAGGCACCUGUGGACUUGGAGCGUUGUGUUUGGUGAUUAAUCACAACCCUACGUGCAGCUGUCCUGGUGGCCAAGAAGGGAACCCAUUUGUUAGAUGCUACGAAUCAACUGAUCUAAAAAUACCUAGUUCGCCAUGCAGCCCAUCUCCAUGUGGCCCUAAUUCUAUUUGCCAAGUGAAAAUGGGAAGACCGGUAUGUUCCUGUUCAAGCACCUUUGUAGGAAGUCCGCCAAACUGUCGACCAGAAUGUUUGAUUAGCCAAGAAUGCAACGUCGAUCAGGCUUGUGUGGCACACAAAUGUAUUAAUCCAUGCCCAGAUAGUUGCGGGCCUAACUCUGAUUGUACAGUCAUUAGCCACACUCCGUAUUGUUCCUGUAAAUCAGGCUUUGCGGGAGAUGCGUUUGUUGGAUGUACUGCAAUUCCUUUACAUCUACCUGACGAACGUGAUCCUUGUUCACCAAAUCCUUGUGGAAAUAAUGCAUUAUGCACUGUUCUGGAUGGAGCAGCCAGAUGCAGCUGCAUACCACCUUAUGUCGGGGAUGCUUAUGUAGGUGGUUGUAAGCCUGAAUGUAUAAUGAAUCCAGACUGUCCGAGCCAUUUAACUUGUUUAAAUCAACAUUGUCGAGAUCCAUGCCCAGGCGUUUGUGGCAGAAAUGCACAAUGUAGCGUGGCUAAUCACAUACCAGUUUGUUCCUGUUUGACGGGAUAUACUGGUGACCCAUUCCAAGGUUGUAAAGUUGAAAGGCCUGCUGUACUUAUACCGUCUCAAAAUCCGUGCACUCCAUCACCAUGCGGACCAUACAGUAUUUGUCGUGUGAUGAAUGAUCGAGCAGUUUGUUCUUGUAGUCCAGGAUACCAAGGCACGCCACCAUCUUGUCGACCUGAGUGUCUCGUCAGUUCAGAAUGUUUGCAGCAUCUUGCUUGCAUCGGUCAAAAGUGUACCAAUCCAUGCCCUGGAGUAUGUGGCCUCAAUGCUCAUUGCCAAGUGGCUAAUCAUAACCCAAUAUGCAGUUGUCCAUCUCAGUAUACCGGAGAUCCAUUUGUACAGUGCAUCAAAGAAGUGCCAAAAAACGUAGUGCCAACAAAUCCAUGUUUGCCAUCACCAUGUGGAGCAAAUGCGCAAUGUCGUGUUGAAGGCAAUCGUCCUGUUUGUAUGUGCCUAAGCGGAAUGUUUGGUGCUCCUCCAAACUGUAGACCAGAAUGUCUCAUUCAUCAGGAUUGUCCAAAUCACCUUGCUUGUGUUCGAAGGAAAUGUCUGGAUCCUUGUAUAGGAUCCUGCGGAUUUAAUGCUGGAUGUAGCGUGCAGAAUCAUCGUCCCAUGUGCCAAUGUUAUGAAGGUUUUGAAGGAGAUCCGUUCUCUGGAUGUAAUCAGAAAGCUGUCCCAGUUGAACAACCACCUGCUGAACCUUGCAACCCAUCACCGUGUGGGUCAAACGCUGUAUGUAAAGAACGUAAUGGAGCAGGUUCAUGUACCUGUCUUCCUGAUUACCAAGGAGAUCCAUACUUGGGAUGCAGGCCGGAAUGCGUGCAAAAUUCCGACUGUCUUCAUACCAAAGCAUGCAUCAACAAUAAAUGUCAGGAUCCAUGCAGUGGGGCUUGUGGGCUGAAUGCUGAAUGCCAAGUUUAUAAUCAUCAACCGUCAUGCACUUGUUUGUCCGGUUACACUGGAAAUCCUUUGACAUCUUGUCAUGUUCCACAGCAAGUUAAUCCACCAGCACCAAUAAGACCAUGCGAGCCUUCGCCCUGUGGUCCGUACAGUAACUGUCGAGCAGUCAAUGGACACGCAGUAUGCACUUGUCAAUCUAAUUACAUCGGUAGUCCACCAAAUUGUCAUCCUGAAUGUGUAGUAAGCGCAGACUGUGCGCAGGACAAAGCUUGUGUUGGUCAGACAUGCAAAGAUCUGUGUCCAGGAACCUGUGGGGAAAACACUAAUUGCCAAGUCGUUAAUCAUAAUCCUAUCUGCAGCUGUGUUCCAGGAUACUCUGGCGAUCCAUUCUUCCGAUGCUUGAAGAACGAAAUUAGGAUACCUUCGACGCCAAGUGGAAAUCCAUGUGUACCAUCACCGUGUGGUCCCAACUCACAAUGUCGAGUAAUUGAUGGUUUCCCUGCUUGUUCAUGUUUACCAAACUAUGUCGGUCGUGCGCCUACUUGUCGCCCAGAAUGUGUCAUCAAUGAAGAGUGUCCAGGAAAUCUGGCUUGCCAAGGUAUACAGUGCAAAGAUCCAUGUCCAGGAUCGUGCGGUGUAAAUACUUUCUGCAACGUGGUCAAACACAAUCCUGUAUGUGUUUGUAGUCCAGGUUAUACCGGUGAUCCAUUUACCGAAUGCUCUCCGAUAAUAGAAGUUCCUAUAACAACCGAAAAUCCUCGCACCCCAUGCAAUCCAUCGCCUUGUGGUGCCAAUGCAAGAUGCAAUGAGAGAAAUGGAGCAGGCUCUUGUACUUGCCUUCCUGAAUAUUUCGGCGAUCCAUACACAGGCUGUAGACCUGAAUGUGUAACCAAUUCCGAUUGUGAACGCACCAAAGCUUGCUUGAACAACAAAUGUAUUGAUCCUUGCACAAGUGCUUGCGGCCAAAGCGCAACUUGUCAAGUAUUCAAUCACGCACCUUCUUGCGUUUGCUUGCCGGGCUACAUUGGCGACCCAUUAGUAUCCUGCGUGCAGGAACCAGUAAUCAGCGACACACCUAUUGAGCCAUGCGAGCCAUCUCCCUGUGGACCAAACAGCAACUGCCGCGUGUUGAACGAACAUGCUGUCUGUUCUUGUCAGACAGGAUUUAUUGGCACUCCACCCUCCUGUCGUCCAGAAUGUACAGGCAGCUCUGAAUGCCAACAAAACAAAGCAUGCAUCAACAACAAAUGUGUCGAUCCUUGUCCAGGAACUUGUGGGCUAAAUACGAAGUGUCUUGUUGUAAAUCACAACCCCAUUUGUACUUGUUCAAACGGCUACACCGGUGAUCCUUUAGCAAGUUGCACAAAGAUUGAAAUAGUCACACCGCCUAGUAGAGAAGCAGAAAAUCCGUGUGAACCAAAUCCAUGUGGACCAAACUCCCAGUGCAGAGUUAUAGGUUUCCAACCUGCAUGUUCUUGCGCCCUAAACUUUAUCGGACGUCCACCCAACUGCAAACCAGAGUGUGUUGAUAACUCAGAAUGUCCCACUACUGCAACUUGUGUAAAUCAGCUCUGUAAAGAUCCGUGUCCCGGAACAUGUGGAAGUUUUGCAAUAUGCUCUGUCCAGAAUCAUCAACCGCUCUGUACAUGCCCAGAAGGUUUCGUUGGAGAUGCAUCCGUGGGAUGUAGCUUAGCUCUACCAUCUUCUACUGAAUACACUCCAACCAAUCCUUGUAUCCCAACUCCAUGUGGACCAAAUGCACAAUGCCGGGAGAGGAAUGGAGCUGCUGCGUGUGCCUGCCCUUCAGAUUAUAUUGGAGAUCCCUAUGAUAAGCAGACUGGAUGCAAACGAGAAUGUGAAGCAAAUAAUGACUGUGCAUCUCACUUGGCUUGCGUUGGAUUCAAGUGUAUCGAUCCGUGUCCAGGUACCUGCGGUACUUUGUCCAUUUGUAAUGUGAAAGCACAUGUUCCUGCUUGCACUUGUCCAGUUGGUUACACCGGGGAUCCGUACUUUGCUUGUAACAUGGAAGAUAUAAGGGAACCAGCCCGAGAUCCAUGUGCACCAUCUCCUUGUGGACCAAAUAGUAAAUGUCGCACAGUGAAUGAACAGGCUGUAUGCACGUGCUUACCAGAAUAUAUCGGUACACCUCCAUCGUGUCGUCCAGAAUGCAUUGUCAAUGCAGAAUGCCCAGUUCACUUGGCUUGUGUCAAUAAGAAAUGCUCUGAUCCUUGUCCAAAUACAUGUGGAUUAAGAGCGAUAUGCACAACGAAAAAUCAUAAUCCAAUUUGUACCUGUCCAUCUGGAUUUACAGGAGAUCCUUUCACUCAAUGUUCUCAAGUAUUAAUGGAUAUUCCACAAACUGAAAGACCACCGUCUUGUACACCAUCGCCUUGUGGCCCGAAUUCACAGUGUCAGAUGAUAUCUGGUAGCCCUGCGUGCUCUUGUCUUCCAAAUUACAUCGGCUUCCCACCGGAAUGCAGACCAGAAUGUGUUCUUAGCUCUGAAUGCAAGAGUCAUCUUGCUUGUAUCAAUCAAAGAUGCCAAGAUCCAUGUCUAGGAUCAUGCGGAGUCAGUGCUGAAUGUCAUGUCUUAAAUCACAUACCAGUAUGCACGUGUACUGCAGGAUUUACCGGAGAUCCGUUCUCACAAUGCUCUCCAAUUCCGACAAGUACAGAACCUAUUGUUCACGAUCCUUGCAAUCCAUCGCCAUGCGGUCCAAAUGCUCUGUGCAAAGAUGGAGACUGUGAAUGUUUACCUGAGUUCGUUGGUAAUCCAUUUGAAGCUUGCAGACCUGAAUGUAUUCUCAAUUCUGAAUGUCCGAGAGAUAAAUCUUGUUUGCGAAAUAAGUGUACAGACCCUUGUCCGGGUAUUUGCGGACAGAACGCUCAAUGUGAUAUUGUAAACCAUAUUCCGGUAUGUUCCUGUCUAACUGGAUAUGUCGGGGACCCUUUUGUUAGCUGUCGUCAACAAGAACCAGAACUGGAUGAUCAACGUGACCCUUGUGUACCGUCCCCGUGUGGACCUAACAGCCAAUGCCGCAACUCGGAUAACCAUGCUGUAUGCUCUUGUCUCCAAGGAUAUUUAGGCUCACCACCAUCAUGUCGACCGGAGUGCAUUGUUAGUUCCGAAUGCUCAUCGACAAGAGCGUGUGUGAACAAGAAAUGUACAAAUCCAUGCUUGGGCUCUUGUGGACUGAAUGCUCGUUGCGAAGUAAUAAACCACAGUCCGAUAUGUAGCUGUCUUCCAGGACAAACUGGAGAUCCUUUCAGGAGUUGUUAUGACAUCCCAGUGCCACCAGAGAAGCCAAAGGGACCUGAAGAUCCUUGCAUUCCCUCACCUUGCGGACCAAAUGCACUUUGUCAAAACAAUGGCGGUAAUCCGUCAUGCUCAUGUCUUCCAAAUUACGUUGGGUCUCCACCUUCAUGUCGUCCAGAAUGUGUUAUAAAUCCGGAUUGCUCUAGCAAUAAAGCAUGUAUCAAUGCCAAGUGUACAGAUCCCUGCCCAGGCUCUUGUGGCGACAAUGCCGAGUGCAACAUUGUUAAUCAUGCUGUUACCUGCACGUGUUUAACAGGAUAUACGGGAAAUCCAUUCGUUCAAUGUGUAAUAAAACAAGAAGAAGCUCUGAAUCCCUGUGAGCCAUCUCCAUGUGGCCCUAACGCAGUUUGCCAACAACGUGAUAAUGCAGGCGCAUGCAGUUGUAUUGAAGACUAUUACGGAAAUCCGUAUGAAGGCUGCCAACCUGAGUGCAUUCUUAGUGCAGAUUGUCCGACAAACAAAGCUUGCAUUCGAAACAAGUGUGAAGAUCCUUGCCCAGGUAUUUGUGGCACCCGUGCAGAAUGUUCCGUUGUGAAUCACAUCCCCACAUGUAUUUGUAUGCCUGGAUAUAUUGGUGAUCCAUUCAUCGGUUGCACACUUCGGCCAGUUACAGAACCGACUGUGUCUGAACCAUGUUCACCCUCCCCUUGUGGACCAAGCAGCGUAUGCAGGGUGGUUAACAAUCAACCUGUGUGUACUUGUGAAAAAUCAUACAUUGGCACACCACCUAAUUGUAGACCUGAAUGUGUUGUCAAUUCUGAGUGCCCUCAAGAUCGAGCUUGUUAUAAGUUCAAGUGUAAUGAUCCUUGUCCGGGAACCUGUGGGAUCGGAGCUAAAUGUCAAGUUGUGAACCAUCAUCCUCUAUGCAGCUGUCCUCAAGGGAUGACUGGUGAUCCAUUCUCAAGAUGUUAUCGAGAAAUAGUUCCACCUUUGGAAGUCCCAAAACAAAGAGAUCCUUGCAUGCCUAGUCCAUGUGGCCUCUAUGCAGAAUGCAGGAAUAUCGCUGACCAAGCAGCGUGUUCAUGUCUAAAGAAUUACAUAGGAUCUCCGCCAAACUGUCGCCCAGAGUGUGUCGUAAACACAGAUUGUUCGUCUAAUCAUGCUUGUAUCUCCGAAAAAUGCAGAGAUCCCUGUAUGGGAUCUUGUGGACAAAACGCUGACUGUCGUGUUCAAAACCAUAUUCCAAUAUGUAACUGCAAAGAAGGAUAUACUGGCGAUCCUUUCACACUUUGUGCACCAGUCCAAGAGCGGCCACGAGUUCCUGAUGACCCAUGCGAUCCAUCUCCAUGUGGACCGAAUGCUCAAUGCAACGGCGGCUCUUGUACAUGCCUGCCAGGUUACUUUGGAGAUCCGACCUCAUUUUGUCGUCCAGAGUGUACAAUGAAUUCUGAAUGCUCACGAGUAAAAUCGUGCGCUAAUCAGCAUUGUAUCGACCCAUGCCCUGGUACUUGCGGAUCCAAUGCUCGCUGCGAUGUUGUCAAUCAUAUUCCCAUGUGCAGUUGUCCACCGGGCACAACGGGCGAUCCAUUCUCUCUCUGUAGGCCACCCAAAAAUGAUGAAGUACCAGCGCAACCUUGCACACCAUCACCAUGUGGUCCACACAGUAUAUGCAAAGUCGUCAACAAUCAUGCAGUGUGCUCUUGCCAGUCAAACUUUAUAGGUAAUCCACCGUCCUGCAGACCAGAGUGUAUAGUUAGCGCAGAGUGUCCACUAACACAAGCGUGCCUGAGAAGCAAGUGCUCAGAUCCUUGUCCAGGCACUUGCGGACAGAAUGCCAGAUGCCAAGUGGUGAAUCAUAAUCCGAUAUGUAGCUGCAGUGAGGGUUAUACUGGUGAUCCAUUCACCAGAUGCGACCAAAUCCAAGUUACUCCAGUGCCAAUAAAUCCGUGCGACCCAUCACCAUGUGGGCCUAACUCAGAAUGUCACGUCCGUGGGGAAAGUCCUGCAUGUUCAUGUUCCCAGAAUUACGUGGGAGUUCCGCCAAAUUGCAGGCCAGAAUGUACGAUCAACCCAGAAUGUGCGCCGCAACUUGCUUGUGUUCAACAAAAGUGUCGUGAUCCGUGCAUUGGUGUUUGUGGUGUGAAUUCACAGUGUUCUGUAAUCAACCAUCAACCUGUUUGUUCCUGUCAUCAAGACUACACUGGCGAUCCAUUCAGCAGCUGUCAUCUUGUCGAGAGAGUAGAACCCCAAACAGAAAUUAGGAAACCAUGUGACCCAUCUCCCUGUGGCCCGAAUGCUAUUUGCCGUGAAUAUAAUGGCGCUGGAUCAUGCUCGUGUCGCUCAGACUAUAUAGGAAACCCUUACGAAGGCUGUCACCCCGAGUGCAUAUCAAACUCAGAUUGCAUGCCAAAUUUGGCUUGCAUCAACCUGAAAUGCAGAAACCCUUGUCCCGGAACCUGUGGCUUGAACGCACAGUGUAAUGUUGUUAACCACAUGCCAACUUGUAAUUGCAAUUCAGGUUAUACAGGAGACCCCUUCAGAUACUGCGUCCCGCACCAACACCUGCAUGUGGAGGUUGAAGUAGACCCAUGUUUCCCUUCGCCUUGCGGACCAAAUAGUAAAUGCCGCAAUACGAAUGGCCAAGCUGUUUGCUCAUGUUUACCAACUUAUAUUGGAUCCCCGCCGAGUUGUAAGCCAGAAUGUGUAGUAAAUAGCGAAUGUUCACCAACACUGGCAUGCAUCAACCAGAAAUGCAUCUCUCCUUGUCCGAACCCUUGUGGAUUAAAUACAGAAUGCAAAGUGAUCCACCAUAGCCCCAUUUGUAGUUGCAUUGCUCGAUAUACAGGAGAUCCCUUCACCAGAUGUUUCCCGCUGCCACAGAUAGUACUCCCACAACGAGAUGAGAUAGAUCCAUGCGUUCCAUCUCCUUGUGGAUUAUAUUCCGAGUGUCGAAAUAUUAGAGGGUCUCCAUCUUGCUCCUGCUUACCAUCUUAUAUGGGAGCACCGCCUAAUUGCAGACCCGAAUGUAGCGUGAAUUCUGAAUGUUCCAUGAACUUGGCUUGUAUCAAUGAGAAAUGUAAAAACCCAUGUUUAGGAUCAUGUAGUAGUACAGCUCUGUGCAAUGUACGUAAUCAUGUACCAAUGUGCACUUGUCCUGAUGGAUAUACAGGAGAUCCUUUCAGCAAUUGUUAUCCAAAACCACCACCUCCAACUGAAGUUGCAAUUCAUGAUUCAUGCGAUCCAUCUCCAUGCGGUCCCAAUGCCCUGUGUAAUGACGGAAUUUGUACAUGCUUACCCGACUAUCGGGGUGAUCCUUAUUAUGAAUGUCGCCCAGAAUGUGUUCUCAACUCGGAUUGUUCCCGAGAAAAGGCAUGCAUUCGCAAUAAGUGCAUAGAUCCAUGUCCAGGAACUUGCGGACGAAUGGCCCAAUGUGUUGUAUUAAACCACGUCCCUAUGUGUAGCUGUCCUGCAAGAAUGACAGGAAACGCCUUUGUACUUUGCUUACCAUUCCAAGAGCCUGUAGACAGGAACCCAUGUCAGCCCAGCCCGUGUGGUCCGAACAGUGUAUGUCGAAAAAUUAAUGAACAAGCAGUCUGUUCGUGUGUGCCGGGCUAUAUCGGUUCCCCACCCUCUUGUAGACCUGAGUGUACGGUGAGCUCGGACUGUUCACUAAACGAAGCAUGCAGUAACCAGAAAUGCAGAGAUCCAUGCCUUGGCUCUUGUGGCAUCAAUUCCAAAUGUCAAGUCAUUAAUCACAAUCCAAUCUGUACUUGCCCUCAACUUCACACUGGUGAUCCAUUUGUGAGAUGCAUUCCAAUACUUGAAACUAGUCCUAUUAUUCAAGCAAAUCCCUGUCAACCCUCUCCGUGUGGACCAAAUGCUAUUUGUAAAGUUAUCAAUGAUUCACCGUCUUGCUCGUGUCUCCAAGAGUACAUUGGCAUUCCGCCAAAUUGUAAACCAGAAUGCAUCAGUAAUAGUGAAUGCAGUAGUCACUUUGCAUGCAUUAAUCAAAAAUGUAAAGACCCGUGUCCAGGUUCAUGUGGUAGCAAUGCGGAGUGUCGAGUUGUUAGUCAUACACCAAUGUGUGCAUGUCUUCUCGGUUUUAAUGGAGAUCCAUUCACACAAUGUUUAAAACAACCCGCUGUGGUUGCUGAAUAUCUUAGCCCAUGUACUCCUUCUCCGUGUGGCGCAAAUGCUAUUUGUAAAGAGCAAAGUAGAGCUGGAUCUUGUACGUGCGUACCUGGAUAUAUUGGAAAUCCGUAUGAAGGUUGCCGUCCGGAAUGUGUCAUCAAUUCUGAUUGUGCAUCUACUCUUGCUUGUAUUCGAUCCAAGUGCCAAAACCCUUGCCCGGGUACAUGUGGUCAGAAUGCAGAGUGCCAAGUUGUAAAUCAUUUGCCGUCAUGUAUAUGUAUUCCCGGUUUCACUGGAGAUCCAUUCCGUUACUGUAAUGUCAUGAGGCAACCCGUUAUAGCGGCAGAUCCGGGAGAUCCAUGUAAUCCAUCACCUUGUGGGCCAAACAGUCAAUGUCGCGAAAUCAAUGGUCAAGCUGUAUGUUCUUGCAAGUCAGAAUAUAUAGGAAGUCCACCAGGGUGUCGACCAGAAUGUGUAGUCAGCUCGGAAUGUCCUUUGAAUAGAGCAUGCAUCCAACAGAAAUGUGUUAAUCCAUGUCCCGAGCCAUGUGGAGUAAAUACUAAUUGUGAAGUCUUGAAUCAUAGUCCAAUUUGUGCCUGCAAAGAUGGUUUUACUGGCGAUCCAUUCACACGAUGUUUCUCAAUCCCGCAACCACUUCCGGAGAAGGCUCCAACAAUAAAUCCAUGUGUGCCUUCACCUUGUGGCCCAAAUGCUGAAUGUCAUAACAAUAACGGGCUACCUUCAUGUUCUUGCGCAUUGAAUUAUGUUGGCAGUCCACCGAAUUGUAGACCUGAAUGUACAAUAAAUCCCGAUUGUCCAAGUAAUAAGGCUUGUAUCAGAGAAAAAUGCAAAGAUCCUUGUCUUGGAUCUUGUGGAAUAGGAGCUCAAUGCAACGUUAUAAAUCAUACACCCAUGUGCACUUGUCCCGGCGGUUAUACCGGAGAUCCAUUUAAUAACUGCUACCGUGAACCACCCACAGAAAUAAUUGAAAGAAAUCCUUGCAAUCCGUCACCUUGUGGACCAAAUGCAGAGUGUAACGAUGGCAGUUGCUCAUGUUUACCUGAAUAUCGAGGUGAUCCGUACUCAGGCUGUCGCCCCGAAUGUGUUCUCAAUACAGAUUGUCCCUUGAACAGAGCUUGUGGCAGUAAUAAGUGCUUUGAUCCUUGUCCUGGUACCUGUGGGCAGAAUGCACAAUGCAGCGUUUAUAAUCAUGUUCCCAUGUGUAGCUGUCCAAUAGGAAUGUCAGGAAAUGCGUUUGUUCUCUGUUCACCUAUAAAAGAAAUGGAUUUACCGAAUCCAUGCAGUCCUUCGCCCUGCGGUCCCAAUAGCUUGUGUCGUACUGUAAACGGACAAGGCGUCUGCUCAUGUGUUCCUGGUUAUAUUGGAAGCCCUCCAUCAUGUAGACCCGAAUGUGUGGUUAGCUCGGACUGUGGAAGAAACGAAGCUUGUAGCAAUCAAAAAUGCAACGACCCAUGCCCUGGAACGUGUGGUCUCAGAGCUCAGUGUCAAGUCGUUAACCACAACCCAAUAUGUACUUGUCCCUCAGGUUACACUGGUGACCCGUUCCUACGAUGCGAAUUCAUCUUGCCCACCGAGGUUAAACCAGUGAAUCCAUGUCAACCAUCACCUUGCGGCCCAAAUGCUCAGUGUCAAAUAAUUAAUGAAAAUCCUUCAUGCUCUUGCCUCUCACAAUUCAUUGGAUCUCCGCCAAACUGCAGACCUGAAUGUGUUAGUAAUAGCGAAUGCUCCAGUCACUUGGCAUGUAUAAACCAAAAAUGCGCAGAUCCUUGUCCAGGAUCGUGUGGUUUCAAUGCUGAAUGUCGUGUGGUUAGUCAUACGCCAAUGUGCGUUUGUACUACAGGUUUUGUUGGCGAUCCCUUCACUCAAUGCAACAUCCAACUAUCUGAACCAGUUAUUGCCGAGAAACUUUCUCCGUGUACUCCAUCACCUUGUGGCUCAAAUGCUAUUUGUAAAGAACAAAAUGGCGUCGGAUCGUGUACUUGUGUAUCCGAGUAUAUCGGUAAUCCUUAUGAAGGCUGUCGCCCAGAGUGUACUGUCAAUUCAGAUUGUAUAUCCAGCUUAGCAUGUAUACGAUCUAAAUGCCAAAACCCAUGCCCUGGAACAUGUGGCCAAAACGCAGAGUGCCAAGUAAUUAGCCACUUACCAACUUGCACAUGCAUAUCUGGAUAUAUAGGAGAUCCAUUCAGUUACUGUCACCUGUCACCGCCAAUAAUUGUAGAUGACACAUUGGACCCAUGUAACCCUACACCCUGCGGGCCAAAUAGCCAAUGCCGUGUAAGUAACGGGCAAGCAGUUUGCUCGUGUCUGCCUGAGUACAAAGGAUCUCCACCUGGAUGCCGGCCAGAGUGUGUCGUAAGCUCAGAAUGUCAAACAAACAAAGCGUGUAUAAAUCAAAAAUGCGUCAAUCCAUGCCCAAGUCCGUGCGGUUUGAAUACCGAUUGUAAGGUUUCGAUGCAUAGUCCAAUUUGUAUUUGCAAACUUGGAUACACUGGAGAUCCAUUCACAAGAUGCUUCCCAACUCCAAAGCCUGAGCCAACGAUUGUUCGGCCAACAAACCCUUGUGUACCAUCCCCAUGUGGGUCUUACGCUGAAUGUCGUGACAUUGGUGGAUCUCCAUCAUGUUCAUGUCAUCCAAACUACAUUGGUAGUCCACCUAAUUGCAGACCUGAAUGUACUAUAAACGCAGACUGUGCAAGCAAUAAAGCAUGCAUAAAAGAAAAAUGCAGAGAUCCAUGUCCUGGUUCUUGCGGAAUCAAUGCUCAGUGCAAUGUGAUAAAUCAUAGUCCAGCGUGCACAUGUCCCCUAGGCUAUACUGGCGACCCAUUCACUAAUUGUUACCCCAAGUUGCCUGAACCUGUCGAGGUACUUCAAACAGAUCCUUGCAACCCUUCUCCAUGCGGACCAAAUGCCGUAUGCAAUGAAGGAAUUUGCACAUGUUUGCCAGAAUACCAUGGAGACCCAUAUUCGGGCUGUCGCCCUGAAUGUGUUCUUAACACAGAUUGUCCCUUGAACAGAGCAUGUGGCAGUAAUAAGUGUUUUGACCCGUGCCCAGGUACUUGUGGUCAAAAUGCUCUAUGCAAUGUGUAUAAUCACGUUCCGAUGUGCAGUUGUCCAACAGGAAUGAGUGGAAAUGCAUUUGUUGUGUGUUCUCCGUUUAGAGAACCAGUAGUGGAAAAUUCAUGCUAUCCAUCACCAUGUGGGCCCAAUAGCCAGUGCCGAAUAAUAAAUCAGCAAACAGUAUGCUCAUGUGUACCUGGAUAUAUAGGCAGCCCACCAUCUUGUAGACCAGAAUGUGUCGUUAGUUCUGAAUGCCUCAGAAAUUUGGCCUGCAGUAAUCAAAAAUGUAUUGACCCAUGCCCCGGAACAUGUGGCAUUAAAGCCCAAUGUCAAGUCAGCAAUCACAACCCCAUAUGCAGCUGCCCAAUCAGAUAUACUGGUGACCCGUUCGUUAGGUGUACACCUAUUUCGGACACUCCAGUGAUAAAAGUGAACCCUUGUCAACCAUCACCUUGCGGUCCUAAUGCUCAAUGCCAAGUGAUCAAUGAUUUUCCAUCUUGCUCCUGCCUACCAGAGUUCACAGGGUCACCACCAAACUGUCGACCCGAGUGCGUAAGCAAUAGUGAAUGUUCCAGUCAUUUUGCAUGCAUAAAUCAGAAGUGCAAAGAUCCAUGUCCUGGUUCAUGUGGUGCGAAUGCAGAGUGCCGUGUUGUCAGUCAUACUCCUAUGUGCGUCUGCGCAAUUGGCUAUACCGGUGAUCCUUUCAUACAAUGCAACAUUCAACAAUCUGAGCCAAUAUAUGAAACAUUGUCCCCGUGCUCACCGUCUCCAUGCGGUUCCAAUGCUAUUUGCAAAGAGCAAAAUGGUGUUGGAUCUUGUACAUGUCUGCCAGAAUAUAUUGGUAAUCCAUAUGAAGGAUGUCGCCCUGAAUGUGUCGUCAAUUCCGAUUGUGUAUCAAGUCUUGCUUGCAUCCGAUCCAAAUGUCAGAAUCCUUGCCCUGGAACUUGUGGUCAAAAUGCACAGUGCCAGGUUGUGAAUCACUUGCCUUCGUGCACAUGUAUAUCUGAGUUUACCGGGGAUCCAUUCCGCUACUGUCAUCCAAUACCACAACCUGUUGACGCAGAACCAGAAGAUCCGUGCAAUCCUUCACCAUGUGGGCCAAAUAGUCAAUGUCGGGUUGUUAAUGGUCAAGCAGUUUGUUCAUGUUUACCUGAAUACAUUGGAAGUCCGCCAGGCUGUCGCCCAGAAUGUGUUGUGAGCUCGGAAUGCCCAACUAACAGAGCUUGUAUCAAUCAAAAAUGUGCCAACCCUUGUCCAGCCCCAUGUGGGUUGAGUACCAACUGUGAGGUUUCAAACCAUAGUCCGAUAUGCUCUUGCAAACAGGGCUACACUGGAGAUCCAUUCAGUAGAUGCUUCCCUAUUCCAAAACCACUUCCAAAUAUAGAACCAAUACGAAACCCAUGUGUCCCAUCUCCGUGUGGAGCUUACGCAGAAUGCCGUGACGUAGGAGGCUCUCCCUCUUGUUCUUGUUUAUCCAAUUAUAUUGGUAGCCCGCCCAAUUGUAGACCAGAAUGUACCAUAAAUCCUGACUGUCCCAGCAAUAAAGCAUGUAUGCGCGAAAAGUGUCGCGAUCCAUGUGCUGGUGCGUGUGGUACAGGAGCCGAAUGCAGUGUAAUCAAUCACACCCCAAUGUGUACUUGUCCGGAUGAAUAUACAGGAGAUCCAUUUAACAAUUGUUAUCCAAAACCACCAAUAGCUGACGUAGUGGAAACUGAUCCAUGUCACCCAUCCCCCUGUGGUCCAAAUGCUGAAUGCAAUCAGGGAAUAUGUACCUGUUUGUCUGAAUACCAAGGCGAUCCUUAUGCGGGUUGCAGGCCCGAAUGCGUCCUCAACACAGAUUGUCAAGUGAAUAAAGCUUGUAUACGUAACAAAUGCAUAGACCCCUGUUCUGGAACUUGUGCACAAAAUGCACAAUGUAAUGUGUACAAUCACGUGCCUAUGUGCAGUUGCCCGUCCGGAACAAACGGAAAUGCAUUUGUAUUGUGUUCGCCCAUCAGAGAUCCUAUUGUGUCAAGUCCAUGCAAUCCAUCGCCAUGUGGACCGAAUAGUCAAUGUCGCGUGAUAAACGGGCAAGCAGUAUGUACAUGCGCCCCUAGUUUCUUGGGAAGCCCGCCAUCCUGCAGACCCGAAUGUGUGAUAAGCUCAGACUGUAGCAGGAACGAGGCAUGCAGUAACCAGAAAUGUAUUGACCCCUGUCCUGGUACUUGUGGUCUUCGAGCCCAGUGCCAAGUUCAUAACCACAAUCCUAUAUGCAGCUGCCCUCCAAGACACACUGGUGAUCCAUUCGUGCGCUGCGAAUUAAUACUUGAAACACCAGUUGUACAUGUCAAUCCAUGUCAACCAUCACCUUGUGGUCCAAAUGCUCAAUGUCAAGUGAUUAAUGAUUCGCCAUCAUGCUCGUGUCUACCAGAGUUCACGGGUUCACCGCCAAAUUGCCGACCAGAAUGUGUCAGCAAUAGUGAAUGCUCUAGUCAUUUGGCAUGCAUUAAUCAGAAAUGUAAAGAUCCGUGCCCAGGUUCAUGUGGUGCCUCCGCUGAAUGCCGCACAGUUAGUCAUACCCCAAUGUGUGUUUGCACGAUCGGUUAUACCGGUGAUCCCUUUACUCAAUGUGUUCUCAAACAACCUGAUCCAAUAUAUGAACAAUCAUCUCCUUGUACGCCAUCACCAUGUGGUUCGAAUGCAAUUUGCAAUGAGCAAAAUGGCGCUGGAUCGUGUACAUGCCUACCAGAACACAUCGGUAACCCGUACGAAGGAUGCCGUCCAGAGUGUGUUGUUAAUUCAGAUUGUGUAUCAAAUCUUGCUUGUAUUCGUUCUAAAUGCCAAAAUCCUUGUCCUGGAACUUGUGGCACGAAUGCACAAUGUCAAGUUAUUAAUCAUCUGCCUUCAUGCACAUGUAUGCCCGGUUUCACUGGAGAUCCGUUCCGUUACUGUCAUCUAGCACCAGAACCAGUAAUUGAAGCAGAUCCGCAAGAUCCAUGUAAUCCGUCACCGUGUGGACCAAAUAGUCAGUGCCGCAAUAUUAAUGAACAGGCUGUAUGCUCGUGUCUACCAGAAUAUGUCGGAAGUCCACCUGCCUGUCGACCCGAAUGUGUUGUAAGCUCAGAAUGUGCCGCAAACAAAGCUUGUAUCAAUCAGAAAUGCGUUAACCCAUGCCCCAAUCCAUGCGGCUUGAAUACCAAUUGCGAAGUGUUGAGUCACAGUCCUAUAUGUGCUUGCAAACCUGGCUAUACAGGAGAUCCAUUCACCCGAUGCUUCUCUAUUCCAAAACCAUCUCCGGAAAUAAUACCAGUGCAGAAUCCAUGUGUACCCUCACCAUGUGGACCUUACGCAGAAUGUCGUAAUAUAGGAGGCUCACCCUCCUGUUCUUGUCUAUCCAAUUACAUUGGCAGCCCACCCAAUUGCAGACCAGAGUGCACCAUAAAUCCGGACUGCCCAAGUAAUAGAGCAUGCAUGCGAGAAAAGUGCCGCGACCCAUGUUCUGGCGCAUGUGGUAUAAGUGCUCAGUGUAACGUCAUCAAUCACACUCCAACCUGCAUUUGCCCCGAUGGAUAUACUGGAGAUCCAUUUAGUAAUUGCUAUCCUAAACCACCAAUAGCGGACGUUGUGGAAAUAGACCCAUGUAAUCCUUCCCCUUGUGGAUCAAAUGCUGAAUGCAACCAGGGUGCGUGUACUUGUUUGCCAGAAUAUCAAGGUGACCCAUACGUGGGUUGUAGACCGGAAUGCAUUCUUAAUAUAGAGUGUCCACUGAAUAGAGCUUGCAUACGGAACAAGUGUAUUGAUCCGUGUCCUGGAACUUGUGCACCGAAUGCGGAAUGUAACGUGUAUAAUCACGUGCCUAUGUGCAGUUGUCCUCCAGGAAUGGAUGGAAAUGCGUUCGUACUGUGUGCACCUGCUAAAGAUCCUGUUGUGUCAAAUCCAUGCAACCCAUCGCCUUGUGGACCUAAUAGCCAGUGUCGUACGAUAAAUGGGCAAGCAGUAUGUUCAUGUGUUCCGGGUUUUAUGGGCAGCCCGCCAUCCUGUAGACCCGAAUGUGUUGUAAGCUCCGACUGUGAGCGAAAUGAAGCAUGCAGCAAUCAAAAAUGCAUCGACCCAUGUCCUGGUACGUGCGGUCUUCGAGCCCAGUGCCAAGUUAAUAACCAUAAUCCCAUAUGCAGCUGCCCUCCAAGAUACACUGGUGAUCCAUUCGUGCGAUGCGAAUUAAUACUUGAAACACCAGUUGUACAUGUCAAUCCAUGUCAACCAUCACCUUGCGGUCCAAAUGCUCAGUGUCAGGUGAUUAAUGAAUCACCUUCCUGCUCGUGUAUGCAAGAAUUUACAGGGUCCCCACCAAACUGUAGGCCUGAAUGCGUUAGCAAUAGUGAAUGCUCUAGCCAUUUGGCAUGUAUCAACCAAAAGUGUAAAGACCCAUGCCCAGGUUCUUGUGGAGCAAAUGCAGAGUGUCGUGUUGUGAGCCACACACCAAUGUGCGUUUGUAGCACUGGAUAUGUUGGUGAUCCAUUCACCUUGUGCAGCACUAAACAACCUGACCCAGUGUAUGAUGACAUAUCUCCAUGCACACCUUCUCCAUGUGGAUCUAAUGCUGUAUGUAGAGAACAGAACAAUGUGGGAUCAUGUUCGUGUUUACCAGAAUAUAUUGGAAACCCUUACGAAGGCUGUCGCCCAGAAUGUGUAGUCAAUUCAGACUGUCUCUCAAGUUUAGCGUGCAUUCGGUCGAAAUGUCAAAACCCUUGUCCUGGAACCUGCGGUCAGAAUGCUGAGUGUCAAGUCAUAAACCAUUUACCUUCAUGUACUUGUGUACCUCGAUUUACCGGAGAUCCGUUCCGUUAUUGUAGUCCAACACCACAACCUGUAGAUGCAGAUCCAGGCGACCCAUGUCAUCCAUCUCCUUGUGGCCCGAAUAGUCAAUGUCGCACUUCCAAUGGACAAGCAGUAUGCUCAUGUCUCCCUGAAUAUACAGGAAGUCCUCCAGGAUGUAGACCCGAAUGUGUUGUAAGCUCUGAAUGCCCGACAAACAAAGCAUGUAUUAAUCAGAAAUGCCUUAACCCGUGCCCAAGCCCAUGUGGUCUAAAUACAAAUUGUGAGGUCUUAAAUCACAGUCCAAUAUGUGCAUGUAAAGAAGGAUUCAGUGGUGAUCCAUUUACACGAUGCUCUCAUAUUCCACCACCACCACCAAGUCCUGUUCCAAUUCAAAACCCAUGUGCAUCCUCACCGUGUGGACCACAUUCAGAAUGUCGCGACAUUAGAGGCUCACCUUCGUGUUCUUGCCUACCAAGUUACAUUGGUAGUCCACCAAACUGUAAACCCGAAUGCACUAUCAACUCUGAUUGCACAAGUAGUACAGCUUGUAUCAGGGAAAAGUGUAGGGAUCCUUGUCCAGGUUCUUGCGGCUUUGACGCUCAGUGCACAGUCAUCAACCAUACCCCAAUGUGUACAUGUCACGAGGGUUAUACUGGAGAUCCAUUCAGUAACUGUUAUCCUAAACCACCGACACAAGCUGUAGCCGAUGAAUCAGACCCUUGCAAUCCAUCUCCGUGUGGUCCAAAUGCUCAAUGUAAUAGAGGAGUGUGUACAUGUUCACCAGAAUAUCAAGGAGAUCCUUAUGUCGGCUGUCGUCCCGAAUGUGUUUUGAAUACAGACUGCUCCCUAGAAAAGGCUUGCAGAAAUAAUAAAUGCAUAGAUCCUUGUCCUGGUACUUGUGGCCAAAAUGCCCAAUGCACAGUCUUCUCCCAUGUUCCCAUGUGCAGCUGUCCAGUGCGAAUGACAGGAAAUGCAUUCGUGUUAUGCACGCCAGUUAUAGAACCGGUAACUGUACAGCCUUGCAAUCCAUCACCAUGCGGGCCUAAUAGUCAAUGUAGAGUAGUCAAUAACUUGGCUGUAUGUACGUGUGUCAUUGGAUUUAUUGGCAGCCCUCCAACAUGCAGACCUGAGUGUAUCGUUAGCACAGAUUGUGCUCAGAAUGAAGCUUGUAUAAACCAAAAAUGCAGAGACCCAUGCCCAGGCACUUGUGGAAUGGGAGCUACGUGUCAAGUCAUAAACCACAAUCCUAUCUGCAGUUGUGCUGGACAACUAACGGGGGAUCCGUUUAUCAGAUGUUCCCCGAUACAGCAAACCCCCAUUACCGAGACAAAUCCAUGCCAACCAUCACCUUGCGGACUCAACGCACAAUGUCAAGUCAUCAAUGGUUCCCCAUCGUGUUCUUGCUUACCCGAAUUUAUUGGAUCUCCUCCAAAUUGCAAACCCGAGUGUAUUAGUAACAGUGAAUGUUCUAGUCGACUUGCGUGUAUCAAUAAAAAAUGUCAGAAUCCCUGUCUCGGAUCCUGUGGUGCCAACACUGAAUGUCAGGUGGUUAGUCAUACACCGAUGUGCGUUUGCAGUAUUGGGUACACAGGCGAUCCAUUUACUCAGUGCAACAUUCAACCAAUUCAAACUGUUACAACUCAGUCACCAUGCACGCCAUCCCCAUGUGGUGCCAAUGCUAAAUGCGUAGAAAGAAAUGGUGCAGGAGCAUGUUCUUGCUUGACGGACUAUAUUGGAAAUCCCUAUGAGGGUUGCCGUCCUGAAUGUGUAAUCAAUUCAGACUGCGCACCAAGCUUGGCGUGUAUUCGUUCCAAGUGUCAAGACCCAUGUCCAGGAACAUGUGGUCAAAAUGCACAGUGUCGUGUAAUCAAUCAUUUACCAUCUUGCACUUGUAAUGACGGAUUCACAGGAGAUCCAUUCCGUUACUGUAACAGAGAACCAGAUAAAAUUGUGGAAGCCGACCGAACCGACGUAUGCAAUCCAUCACCUUGCGGGCCGAAUAGUAUUUGUCGAGAAAUCAAUGGGCAAGCAGUUUGUUCUUGUUUACCAACAUAUAGCGGUUCGCCGCCAGCUUGUAGGCCCGAAUGUGUCGUAAGCUCUGAAUGUUCAACGAACAAAGCCUGCAUUAAUCAGAAAUGCACCGAUCCAUGCCCAGAUCCUUGCGGAAGAAAUGCGAACUGCAAAGUUAUAAACCACAGUCCUAUAUGCACAUGUCGACCAGGCUAUACUGGGGAUGCGUUUUCAUCAUGCUUCUCAAUACCACGUCCGCCAGUUGAAAAUCAGCCACAAGUGCAAAAAGAUCCAUGCUUACCUUCUCCCUGUGGUCCAUAUUCUCAAUGCCGAGAUAUCGGCGGAACAGGAUCUUGUUCCUGUUUACCGACUUACAUAGGAACACCUCCAAACUGUAGACCAGAAUGUACAAUAAAUUCGGAAUGUACUAGCAACAUGGCAUGUAUCCGAGAAAAAUGUAGAGAUCCCUGUCCUGGAUCUUGUGGGUUAGGAGCGAGAUGUGAUGUUAUAAAUCAUACCCCAGUUUGUACAUGCUUGGAUGGGUACACAGGAGAUCCAUUUACAAACUGUGUUCCCAAAAGACCACCAUCCGAUGAGCCUGUAGUAGUGGACUUGUGCAAUCCAUCACCGUGUGGGUCAAAUGCUAUAUGUCAAGAAGGCAUAUGCUUUUGUAUACCGGAAUACCAUGGCGAUCCUUAUAGCGGGUGCCGUCCCGAGUGUGUCAUAAAUGAUGAUUGCUCUCGUGACAAAGCUUGCCUACGUAAUAAAUGUAUAGAUCCAUGUGUCGGUACUUGUGCUCUGAACGCUCAAUGCAUAACCACAAAUCAUAUACCCAUGUGCAGCUGUCCACAAGGAAUGAAUGGAAAUGCUUUCAUUCAAUGUGUACCAUUGCAAGCUGACGUUAUAACAAACCCAUGCUUGCCAUCACCAUGUGGACCCAAUAGUCACUGUCAGGAAGUGAACGGACUAGCAAUAUGCAAAUGUGUGCAAGGGUACAUUGGAAGCCCUCCCACCUGUCGACCUGAAUGUACAAUAAGUUCUGAUUGUGCGCAAACUGAAGCCUGCAUUAAUCAGAAAUGUAAAGAUCCAUGCCCUGGAACCUGCGGCCUUAAAGCUCAAUGCUCAGUUAUUAGUCAUAAUCCAAUAUGUGCUUGUCCUCAAGGUCUAACAGGAGAUCCCUUCUUAUCAUGCACUCGAAUUCCUGAAAUUCAACAAGAGCCGGUAAACCUAUGCCAGCCGUCACCCUGUGGACCAAAUGCUCAGUGCCAAAUCAUAAACCAAACACCUUCUUGCUCUUGUUUGCCCGAAUUCACCGGUUCUCCACCCAAUUGCCGACCCGAAUGUAUCAGUAACAGUGAAUGUCCCAGUGCCGAGGCAUGUAUUCAUCAGAAAUGCAAGGAUCCAUGUCCAGGGUCAUGUGGAGCAAAUGCCGAAUGUCAUGUCUUCAGUCACACGCCAAUGUGUACUUGUAACUCAGGUUACACAGGAGAUCCAUUUACGCAGUGUUCUGUGGUUCAACUUGCUAUUGAGGAGAGACCAGCGCCAUGCAGGCCUACGCCCUGUGGUGCUAAUGCAAUAUGCAAGGAACUCGGUGGGGCUGGAUCAUGUUCAUGCCUACCUGAGUAUAUUGGUAACCCGUACGAAGGAUGUAGGCCUGAGUGUGUCACGAAUUCCGAUUGCCCAUCUAAUCUUGCUUGCAUUAGAUCCAAAUGUCAAGAUCCUUGCCCAGGUUCUUGCGGUCAAAAUGCACUUUGCCAAGUUAUAAGUCACGCGCCAACUUGCACCUGUAUCGAAGGUUACACUGGUGAUCCGUUCCGUUAUUGCAAUGUUUUAACGCCGAUAGUAUUUGAAGAAGGUAUCCGAGAUCCAUGUAGUCCAUCCCCUUGUGGACCAAACAGCGAGUGUCGUGUAAAUAACGAUCAAGCAGUAUGUUCGUGUCUUGCAAAUUAUAAAGGCAGUCCUCCACUGUGUCGUCCUGAAUGUGUAGUUAGCUCAGAAUGUUCUUCAACACGCACUUGUGUCAACCAGCGAUGCAUAGAUCCGUGUCCAGAUCCUUGUGGCAGGAAUACUCAAUGCAAAGUUGUAAACCACAGUCCAAUUUGCUUCUGCAAAAAUGGAUAUUCAGGGGAUCCAUUUUCACAAUGUUAUCCUAUAACCGAAGUCAAUCCACCCCAACCACCUGUAAUGAGGGACCCUUGUAUUCCAUCACCAUGUGGCGCAAAUGCUGAGUGUCGUGCUGUUGGUGACGCUCCUGCAUGUACUUGUUUGGCAAACUAUGUUGGCAGUCCACCAAAUUGUAGACCUGAAUGUACAAUAAAUGCAGAAUGCCCCAGUAAUUUGGCUUGCAUCCGAGAAAAAUGUAGAGAUCCAUGUCCAGGAUCAUGCGGUUUCAAUGCACAAUGCAUGGUUGUCAAUCAUACACCAAUGUGCCAAUGUUUAGAAGGUUUUACUGGAGAUCCAUUCACUCAGUGUAAUUUAAAACCAGUUCAGCAAACCGAACCACAAGAAUCGGAUCCAUGUAAUCCAUCUCCUUGCGGCCCCAAUGCUCAAUGUGACAACGGCAUUUGUUCUUGCUUACCCGAAUAUCAAGGAGAUCCAUAUGCGGGGUGUCGUCCAGAAUGUGUUCUUAAUAUUGACUGCCCUCGCAAUAGAGCUUGUUCUAGGAACAAAUGCUACGAUCCUUGUCCAGGCACCUGUGCAAAUAAUGCUCUGUGUAGUGUAAUAAAUCACAUUCCUAUGUGUAGCUGUCCACAAGGAUUUGAAGGCAACGCUUUCGUUCUAUGUACACCAAUCCGAGCUCCUGCAGUUUCAUCGCCAUGUAAUCCUUCACCCUGCGGUCCUAAUAGUCAAUGUCGAAGUAACAAUGGUCAAUCAGUGUGCACCUGCGUCCCUGGUUACAUAGGAAGCCCGCCGUCAUGCCGACCGGAAUGUCUUGUUAGUUCUGACUGUCCACAAAAUGAAGCCUGCAAUAAUCAAAAAUGUAGAAACCCUUGCAUUGGUACAUGCGGUUAUGGAGCUCUAUGCGAAGUUGUCAACCAUAAUCCAAUAUGUCACUGUCCUGUGAGAUAUACCGGUGAUCCAUUUGUGCGAUGUGCACCGAUCCCUGAAAUUCCAGCUGUAUUUGUAAACCCAUGCCAGCCGUCUCCUUGUGGCCCAAAUGCGGUAUGCCAAGUUUCGAAUGAUUCACCAUCGUGUUCUUGUUUACCCGAAUUUAUUGGCUCCCCACCAAACUGUAGACCCGAAUGUAUUAGUAACAGCGAGUGCCCCAGUCAUGAAGCAUGUAAUAACCAGAAAUGCAAAGAUCCAUGCCCAGGUUCAUGUGGCAAUAACGCAGAAUGUCGUACAGUCAGCCAUACACCAAUGUGCUUCUGUAGCAUUGGGCAUACGGGAGAUCCAUUUACACAAUGCUUUAUCAAACCAAUCGAUGACGUCGUCGAUCAAAGACCAACACCUUGUUUACCGUCUCCAUGUGGAUCUAACGCUAUUUGUACUGAACGUAACCAAGCAGGAUCAUGUUCCUGUUUGCCAGAAUAUAUUGGAAAUCCGUAUGAAGGUUGUAGGCCGGAAUGCGUUCGAAAUUCAGAUUGCCCGUCGAAUCUGGCUUGUAUCAGGUCUAAAUGCAUCGACCCAUGUCCGGGAACUUGUGGUACAAACGCAGAGUGUCGUGUAGUUACCCAUGUACCGACAUGCUCUUGUUACACAUCUUAUACGGGAGAUCCUUAUCAAUACUGUACAUUACAACAACCAGUCAAUAUUCCAGUAGACAAAAUUGAUCCGUGCAGUGAAGCUCGCUGUGGUCCAAAUAGUCAGUGUAGGAUAAUAAACGAUCAAGCUGUUUGUUCCUGUCUUCCGACGUACACUGGUAGCCCACCGACAUGCAGACCAGAAUGUGUUGUUAGUUCUGAGUGCACUUUUGACAAAGCAUGUAUAGAACAGAAAUGCAAAAAUCCAUGCCCGACGCCAUGUGGUGUGAAUUCUGAAUGCAGAGUAAUAAACCAUGCUCCAUUAUGCAGCUGUAGACAAGGAUUCACCGGUGAUCCAUUCACCAUGUGCUUCUCAGUACCAUUGACGUCUCCAGGUCAAGACGAAAUAAUUCAAAGAGAUCCAUGUAUUCCAUCACCCUGCGGCCAGUAUGCAGAAUGUCGAAACAUAGGAGGACUCCCUUCGUGUUCUUGUGUUACUGGUUACAUGGGAAUCCCUCCAAACUGUAGGCCCGAAUGCUCGAUCAAUCAGGAAUGUCCCAGUAACCGAGCAUGUAUGCGGGAAAAAUGUAGAGAUCCUUGCCCUGGAUCUUGCGGUGUACUUUCACAAUGCCACGUAACUAAUCACGUCCCGAUAUGCACCUGUCUUGAAGGAUACACUGGCGAUCCAUUCAGUAACUGUUUCCUGAAACCGUCACAACCUGAGCCUGAUGUCUCUGAUCCAUGUAAUCCUUCUCCGUGUGGGCCAAAUGCUCAGUGUAAUGAUGGAAUUUGUACAUGUUUACCUGAAUAUCGAGGUGACCCAUACUCAGGUUGCCGACCAGAAUGUGUUCUCAACACAGACUGUCCACCGAACAGAGCAUGUACUCGCAAUAAAUGCGUAGACCCUUGUCCAGGAACUUGUGGAUACAAUGCCAUAUGCAACGUAUAUAACCACGUUCCGAUGUGCAGUUGUCCUUCAGGAAUGACCGGAAAUGCAUUUAUUUCAUGCAAUAUUCAACAGGCACCUGCCUUUACCGAUCCAUGCAAUCCAUCCCCGUGUGGACCAAACAGUCAGUGCCGACAGAGUAAUGGACAUGCAAUAUGCUCUUGUAUCAUUGGGUAUAUAGGUUCCCCACCAACUUGUAGGCCCGAAUGCGUUGUCAACUCAGAUUGUGCUCAAAGCGAGGCAUGUAGCAAUCAGAAAUGCAGUGAUCCUUGUCUAGGAACUUGCGGAAUACGCGCAGGCUGCAAAGUUGUCAACCAUAACCCAAUUUGCAGCUGCCCAAGCACUUUGACGGGAGACCCGUUCGUUCAAUGUUCACCAAUACCUGUGGAACCAGUGGCGUAUGUAGAUCCAUGUCAACCAUCACCUUGCGGCCUCAAUGCGCAGUGCCAAGUCCUCAAUGAUUCGCCAUCUUGUUCGUGCUUACCAGAAUUUAUUGGUAUACCACCUCAAUGCAGACCAGAAUGUAUUAGUAAUAGCGAAUGUCCAAGUCAAAAGGCAUGCAUAAAUCAAAAGUGCCAAGAUCCAUGUCCUGGUUCUUGCGGAUAUAAUGCCGAUUGUCAUGUCGUCAGUCAUACGCCAAUGUGCGUUUGCUCCAUUGGACACACCGGGGAUCCAUUCACACAAUGUGUACAACAAAUUGAUAUACCAUUUAAUGAAUCCCCAACUCCUUGUACACCAUCCCCUUGCGGAGCAAAUGCAGAAUGCAGAGUAAGAGAAAAUGCUGGCUCCUGCACGUGCGUGGCAGAAUACAUUGGAAAUCCUUACGAAGGAUGCAGGCCAGAAUGCGUCGUAAAUUCGGAUUGCUCAUCAAACUUAGCCUGCACUGGGCUAAAAUGCAAAGAUCCUUGCCCAGGAACCUGCGGCCAAAAUUCUGAAUGCCAUGUCAUAAAUCAUAUGCCAACAUGUACUUGUUUCGAAAGAUAUACUGGCGAUCCGUUCCGUUACUGCCACCCAAUUUUAGAACCAACAGUUGUAGCCGAUGCGAGCAACCCGUGCGAACCUUCACCUUGUGGUUCUAAUAGUCAGUGUCGGGAAAUUAACGGUCAAGCAGUGUGCACUUGUCUACCAACUUAUAUAGGCAGUCCACCCAAUUGUAGACCGGAGUGUGUCGUAAGCUCAGACUGUUCCCCAACUCUAUCGUGUAUUGGCCAAAAAUGCACCAACCCCUGCCCCACUCCAUGUGGAGUGAACACAAUCUGUAAUGUUAUAAAUCACAGCCCCAUAUGCAUUUGCAAACAUGGAUUGACUGGUGAUCCAUUCACACGAUGUUUCGGGAUUCCACCUCCAAUUCAGCCCGUUGUUGAAGAUUAUAAAGACCCAUGCUUCCCUUCACCAUGUGGACCACACUCGCAAUGCCAAAAUAUUGGUGGAACACCAUCAUGCUCUUGUUUGGCUGAAUAUCUUGGUAGUCCCCCCAAUUGUAGACCUGAAUGCACAAUUCACCCUGAUUGCUCAAGUAACAGAGCUUGUAUAAAUGAGAAAUGCCGUGACCCAUGUGCAGGGUCAUGUGGAUUGAACGCCAUUUGUAGUGUGUUCAAUCACAUACCAGUAUGUACUUGUAAUGAAGGUUACACCGGGGAUCCAUUCAGCAGUUGUCAUUUCACACCAAUUACAGAAAAUGUCGACAUAGACCAAUGUAAUCCAUCACCAUGCGGUUCUAAUGCCAUAUGUAACAAUGGAAUUUGUACUUGCGAACCUGAAUUCAAAGGUGACCCAUACACUGGGUGUCGACCAGAGUGUGUCCUAAAUACAGACUGCCCCUUCAACAAAGCAUGUGUGCGCAAUAAGUGUAUAGACCCGUGCCCUGGUACCUGUGGACAAAAUGCCCUAUGUAAUGUCAUCAACCAUACCCCAAUGUGUAGUUGUCCAGUAGGCACAAGUGGAAAUGCAUUAAUCUUAUGCCAAACAGUAAAAGCUCCUGUUAACCCAAGACCAUGCAAUCCAUCCCCAUGUGGCCCUAACAGCAUUUGUCGUGAAGUGAAUGGACAAGCUGUAUGUUCAUGCGCGCCCGAAUACAUAGGCAGCCCACCAUCUUGUCGACCUGAAUGCAUAGUUAGUUCUGACUGUACACGAAAUGAAGCUUGUACAAACCAAAAAUGUAGAGAUCCAUGUCCUGGAACUUGUGGCCUACAAGCGAUAUGUGCAGUAAUCAAUCACAACCCAAUUUGCUCAUGUCCCGAACGUUUCACUGGUGAUCCGUUUAUCAGAUGCACUGUCAUACAAAUGACGGAACCUGUGCCGAUAAAUCCGUGCCAACCUUCGCCAUGUGGCCCCUAUUCACAAUGCCAAGUCAACAACGAAUCACCUUCAUGCUCUUGUCUACCGCAGUAUACAGGCGCCCCUCCAAAUUGUAAACCCGAAUGUGUUAGCAAUAAUGAAUGCCCCAGUCAUCAAGCAUGUUUCAAUCAAAAAUGUAAAGACCCAUGCCCUGGAAUGUGCGGUGCAAAUGCGGAAUGUUACGUCGUUAGUCACACACCAAAUUGCGUAUGCUCUAAUUACUACACGGGAAAUCCAUUUGUUCAAUGUUUCCCAGCUCAAAUUAGUCCAAUUCCUGACGAUGUACACUCCCCCUGUUCACCUUCACCGUGUGGCUCAAACGCGAUUUGCAAAGAAUCUAAUGGUGCUGGAUCUUGCUCCUGCUUACCCGACUACCAAGGAAACCCUUACGAAGGAUGUAGACCCGAAUGUGUAAUCAAUUCUGACUGUCCAUCUUAUCAAGCUUGUAUUCAAUCCAAAUGCAAGGAUCCAUGUCCAGGCACUUGUGGUCAAAACGCAGAAUGUUCAGCUGUUAACCACUUGCCGUCGUGCAACUGUCGCUCAGGAUACACUGGCAAUCCCUUUGCAUUUUGUACCCUCGUCCAAUUUUCUGAAGAGCCAGAGAAACGAAACCCUUGCAACCCAUCACCAUGUGGACCUAACAGCCAGUGCAAAGAGCUUAAUGAUCAAGCAAUAUGCUCUUGUCUUCCUACAUAUGUUGGCAGCCCGCCAGGUUGUCGGCCAGAGUGUGUUUCCAGCUCAGAAUGUUCCUCCCAACUAGCAUGCAUAAAUCAGAAAUGUGUAAACCCAUGCCCUGCUCCGUGUGGUCUGAAAACCAACUGUGUGGUAGUAAAUCACAGUCCAAUUUGUAGUUGUUUGCCAGGACAUAGCGGAGAUCCUUUCACCAGAUGCACACCAAUUCCACCUCGUGAACCGGCAACAUCUAUAGAGUCAGAUCCGUGUGUUCCAUCACCGUGUGGCGGCUUCGCUCAAUGUCGGAAUGUCGGGGGAACACCAGCUUGCACUUGUUUGAAUGAUUACAUAGGACAGCCACCAAACUGUAGACCCGAAUGCACUAUAAAUCCCGAGUGCCAGAGUAACGAAGCCUGUAUAAAUGAAAAAUGUAGAGACCCUUGUCCUGGAUCGUGUGGUUUUGGAGCUCAAUGUGCCGUUAUCAUGCAUACUCCGAUGUGCACGUGCCCUGAAGGUUACACUGGAGAUCCAUUUACAAACUGCAACCUCCUUCCCCCAACUCCUUCUGAUCCAGUACCAGUAGACAAGUGUAAUCCAUCUCCUUGUGGUCCAAAUGCUCAAUGUGAUGAUGGUGUUUGUACAUGCUCAUUAGAAUAUCAAGGAAACCCAUAUUCCGGUUGUAGACCUGAAUGUGUGCUUAAUCCAGAUUGUCCCCGUGAAAAAGCUUGUCUACGAAACAAGUGCAAAGAUCCGUGCCCUGGCGCAUGUGCUGCAAACGCUUUGUGCACUGUUAUCAAUCAUGUCCCCAUGUGUAGUUGCCCCGAGAACACCAGUGGCAAUGCCUUCAGCUUCUGUGCUCCAUUGGAAGAACCUAUCCUGUCGAACCCAUGCAACCCCACGCCAUGUGGACCCAAUAGCGAAUGCCGUGUUGUAAAUGGACAAGCUGUUUGUUCAUGUGUGAGCGGAUUCAUUGGUAGCCCUCCCACUUGUCGACCAGAAUGUAUAGUCAGCACCGAUUGCCUCCAAAACGAAGCAUGCAGUAAUCAGAAAUGUAAAGACCCAUGUCCAGGUACAUGCGGUUUGAAAGCCAAAUGCCAGGUUGUGAAUCAUAAUCCAAUCUGCAGCUGUCCUACGCGAUUCACAGGCGAUCCAUUCAUCAGAUGCACACCGAUGUUAGAUGAAGUACCACCAUCCAUCAACCCAUGCCAACCAUCUCCAUGCGGCCCUAACGCCCUGUGCCAGAUUACAAACGAUUCUCCAUCUUGCUCGUGUCUACCAGAGUUUAUAGGAAACCCACCAAACUGUAGACCAGAAUGUAGUAGCAAUAGUGAAUGCUCCAGCAACUUAGCUUGUAUCAAUCAAAAGUGCAAAGACCCUUGUCCUGGUUCUUGUGGAUCCAAUGCAGAGUGUCACGUAUUCAGUCAUACCCCAAUGUGCGUGUGUAAGAAUUCCUACACUGGGGAUCCUUUCACACAAUGUACUUACCGAGAACCAUCACUGCCCAUACAACCUCAACGACCCUGUCAGCCUUCUCCUUGCGGAGCAAAUGCUGUGUGCAAAGAGCUCAAUGAAGCCGGCUCAUGCUCGUGUCUUCCAAAUUAUUUCGGAAAUCCGUACGAAGGUUGCAGACCAGAGUGUGUUAUUAAUUCUGAUUGUCCGUCGAAUACUGCGUGCAUUAAUUUCAAAUGCAAAGAUCCUUGUCCCGGAACAUGUGGACAGAAUGCAGAAUGUCAAGUUGUUAACCACUUGCCCAUGUGUACUUGUUACGCAAGAUAUACUGGUGAUCCUUUCACUUACUGCAUCAUGGCUGUAGAAGAUACACCUGUCAAACAAGACCCAUGUAAUCCAUCGCAAUGUGGACCAAACAGCCAAUGUCGAAUAAUAAAUGAACAAGCUGUUUGCUCAUGUUUGCCCGAAUAUGUCGGAACUCCUCCAGCGUGUCGCCCAGAAUGUGUUGUUAGUUCGGAAUGCCCAUCAAACCGAGCAUGUAUUAACAAAAAAUGUAUUGAUCCAUGCCCUGGAAGAUGUGGCUCAAAUUCAAGAUGUGAAACCAUAAACCAUAGUCCAAUUUGUAGUUGCCAGCAGGGUUACACAGGAGAUCCAUUUGUUACGUGUUUCAGAGUACCGGUUACGCUACCAGAUGAACCACAAACAUAUGUCAAUCCUUGUCUUCCUUCGCCAUGUGGACAAAACUCUGAAUGUCGUGACAUUAAUGGACAAGCAUCGUGUGCAUGUCUAGCCAGUUUCAUAGGAACACCGCCCAAUUGUAGACCAGAGUGUACAAUCAACCCCGACUGUCCCAGUAAUCAGGCAUGUCUACAAUCAAAAUGCAGAGAUCCUUGUCCAGGAUCUUGCGGAAUAGGAGCAGAAUGUACAGUGGUUGGUCAUACACCUAUGUGUCAUUGCCUUGAAGGUUAUACCGGGGAUCCAUUUACCAGGUGUACACCACAAUUGGAAUCACCACAAGAACCAGAACCUACUGAUCCGUGUUAUUUGUGUCGUGCAAACACACAAUGUCUCGAUGGUACAUGUACGUGUUUGCCAAACUUCCAAGGAGACCCAUUCAUAGGUUGUCGACCAGAAUGUGUACUUAAUCAAGAUUGUGCAAUUAAUCAAGCAUGUAUUCAAAGUAAAUGCAAGGAUCCUUGCAUAGGAACAUGUGGAAACAAUGCUGUAUGCAGUGUCAUAAAUCAUAUCCCAAUUUGCACUUGCCCAUCCGGUACAUCUGGCAACGCGUUCGUUGCUUGCUACACAGUGCAAGUGCCAGUACUGUCGGAUCCUUGCAAUCCAUCGCCGUGUGGUUCAAACAGUCAGUGUCGUCGUAUCAAUGAACAAGCAGUUUGUUCUUGUAUUGCUGGUUACAUGGGCAGUCCACCAAGCUGCAGACCAGAAUGUACAAUUAGCUCUGACUGUGCUCCAAACAAAGCAUGCAGUAAUCAAAAGUGUAUAGAUCCUUGCCCAGGGACAUGUGGGCUCCGAGCUAUUUGUAAUGUUGUAAAUCAUAAUCCCAUAUGUAGCUGUCCGGCAGAUCUUACCGGAGAUCCAUUUGUUAGAUGCACUCUAAUUGAAAAACAACCGGAUACUUCUAUGCCUUGUCAACCAUCACCGUGUGGUCCUAAUGCUCAAUGUCAAGUAGUAAAUGACUCUCCUUCAUGCUCUUGUCUACCUGAAUUCACCGGAUCACCACCACAAUGUAGACCUGAAUGUGUUAGUAACAGCGAAUGUCCCUCCAACUUGGCCUGUAUUAACCAAAAAUGCAGAGAUCCUUGUCCAGGCUCAUGUGCAGCAAAUGCUGACUGUAGAGUAAUAAGUCACACUCCAAUGUGUGUUUGUGCAGCUGGUUUCAUCGGGGAUCCAUUCACCCAGUGUGUUCCAAAGCAAACUGAAAAAUUACCGGAAGAAAAGCCAACACCUUGUAUACCAUCGCCAUGUGGAUCUAAUUCAGUGUGCCGAGAAUUGAAUGGAGUUGGAUCUUGCACAUGUUUACCAGAUUAUAUUGGGAACCCCUAUGAGGGUUGUCGCCCAGAAUGUGUAAUUAAUUCCGACUGUACAUCCGACAGAGCUUGUAUCAAUUCAAAGUGUCAAAAUCCAUGCCCAGGAACGUGUGGUCAAAACGCUGUAUGUCAAGUCAUUAAUCAUCUACCAUCGUGCACAUGUCAAUUUGGAUAUACCGGUGAUCCAUUCCGAUACUGUAAUGUUGUAAUUAAAGAAGAUGAAGUGCCUGCUGACCCAUGUAACCCUUCACCUUGUGGGCCAAAUAGUAAAUGUCGUGAAGUCAAUGGUCAGGGAAUCUGUUCUUGCUUGCCAAAUUACAUGGGAAGUCCACCAUCGUGUAGACCAGAAUGUGUGAUUAGCGCGGAAUGUCCAACAAACCGUGCCUGCAUCAAUCAGAAGUGUGCAGAUCCAUGCCCAGGCAUUUGCGGUCUAAAUGCAAAAUGUGAUACUAUCAAUCAUAGCCCUAUUUGCAGUUGUAUUCAAAGAUUCACCGGAGAUCCGUUUGUAAAAUGCUUCAAUAUCCCUGUUGAAACCCCAGCACCUAUCGAGAAUGAAAAUCCAUGUCUACCAUCUCCAUGUGGACCAUUUUCUAUCUGUCAAGCUGUUGGUAAUUUACCAUCAUGCACAUGCACGCAGAACUCGAUUGGAUCGCCUCCGAAUUGUAGGCCUGAAUGUACAAUUAACUCUGAAUGCGUCAGUAACCGCGCUUGUAUCAGAGAACAGUGUAGAGAUCCAUGCCCAGGAUCCUGCGGAAUUGGAGCACAAUGUAACGUUGUUAAUCACGUUCCAUCUUGCACUUGCCCAGACGGAUAUACCGGAGAUCCAUUCACCAGUUGUUCCCCGAAACAACCGCUCUCUGAGCCAGUAGUACCAGACCCCUGCAGUCUCUCGCCGUGUGGACCAAAUGCAGAAUGCGUAAAUGGUGCGUGCAUCUGCUUACCAGAAUACCAUGGGGAUCCGUAUUUCGGAUGUCGUCCUGAAUGUGUACAAAAUACAGAGUGUAUCUUUGACAAAGCAUGUAUACGUAACAAGUGUGCUGACCCUUGUCCUGGAGUGUGUGGUCAAAAUGCAGAAUGCACGGUCAUCAAUCAUGUCCCAAUGUGUAGUUGCCCCAGUGGAACAACUGGAAAUGCGUUCAGUUUCUGUUCACCAGCUAAAGAACCAGAUGUGAUUAAUCCUUGCAAUCCAUCGCCAUGUGGUCCGAAUAGUCGGUGUCAAGAAAUCAACAACCAGGCUGUAUGCACUUGCAUAACAGGAUUCAUUGGAAAUCCACCAUCAUGUCGACCAGAAUGUGUGAUCAAUUCUGAAUGUGCUCAGAAUGAAGCCUGCAUUAACCAAAAGUGUAAAGACCCUUGCCCUGGAACAUGUGGAGUAUCAGCUCGUUGUCAAGUCGUUUAUCACAAUCCGAUUUGUAGUUGUCCACAGACAUUUACUGGAGAUCCGUUUAUAAGAUGCAUACCAAUCACGGAAAGAUUUGAUGAGCCGAAAAAUCCGUGUCAGCCAUCUCCUUGUGGCCCUAAUGCGUUAUGUCAAGUCAACAAUAAUGCGCCAUCAUGCUCCUGUCUUUCGAGCUUUAUAGGGACUCCUCCUAAUUGUAGACCAGAAUGCAUUAGCAAUAAUGAUUGUUCAAAUAAUUUAGCCUGCAUUAACCAGAAAUGUAAAGACCCAUGUCCAGGAUCUUGUGGUGCUAAUGCUGAAUGUCGUGUGGUUGGUCAUACGCCAAUGUGUAUUUGCAUUAUCGGAUACACAGGUGAUCCGUUCACCCAAUGCAUCACAAAACAAAAUGAACCUGUCGUCCCAGAAAAUCCAUGUAUACCAUCACCUUGCGGUACAAAUGCAGUGUGCAAGGAACAAAACGGAGCUGGUUCUUGUGUGUGUAUAUCAGAAUACAUUGGAAAUCCAUACGAGGGUUGUCGACCUGAGUGUACGAUCAAUUCAGAUUGUAGUGCUAGCCGUGCAUGUAUUAGAUCUAAGUGUCAAGACCCAUGUCCGGGAACUUGUGGUAGAAAUGCACAAUGCCAAGUGGUGGCGCAUUUACCGUCGUGCACAUGCAUCCCAGGAUAUACUGGAAAUCCAUUCAGCUAUUGUAACGCAAUACCGCCUGAAACAGAGCCACCGGUUGAACGCAAUGCAUGUAAUCCGUCACCAUGUGGACCGAACAGUCAAUGUCAGGACAAUAAUGGGCAAGUUAGGUGUUCAUGCUUACCAUUAUUUAUUGGAAGUCCUCCAAAUUGUCGACCUGAGUGUGUUGUUAGUUCUGAGUGUCAGACGAACCUUGCUUGUAUCAAUCAAAAAUGCCAAGAUCCAUGCCCUGGUACUUGCGGAAGCAAUGCAGAAUGCAGGGUCUUGAAUCACAGUCCCGUAUGUAGUUGCAGAAUUGGAUCAACUGGAGAUCCAUUCAGCUAUUGCUACUCCAUUCAGGAACCACUACCAAACAAGGAAUAUCCAAAGAAUCCAUGCGUUCCAUCUCCAUGCGGACCCAAUGCUGUCUGUCAGGCUAUUGGUGAUAAUCCGUCGUGUACUUGCAUGCACAAUUAUAUCGGAGUACCUCCCAAUUGUCGACCAGAAUGUUCUAUCAAUUCUGAUUGCCUUAGCAAUAGGGCUUGCAUAAGAGAAAAAUGCAGAGACCCGUGUCCAGGAUCUUGUGGUGUCGGUGCUCGUUGUACCGUUGUUAAUCAUAUUCCAGUUUGCACAUGUCUCGAAGGUUAUAGCGGUGAUCCUUUCAGCAGCUGUAGCCCGAAACCACCAGCAAUGGAUGAGCCAAUCGAUCCUUGUAAUCCAUCGCCAUGUGGUUCAAAUGCACGGUGCAGCGGAGGCGAAUGUUCAUGUUUGCCUGAAUUCUACGGCGAUCCUUAUCAAGGCUGUCGCCCAGAAUGUGUAUUAAAUUCGGAUUGUUCUCGUGACAAAGCAUGUAUUCGCAACAAAUGCAAAGAUCCGUGUCUCGGUACUUGUGGCUCCAAUGCCGAAUGUUUUGUUGUCAAUCAUUUGCCCAUGUGUAGCUGUCCUCGUAACAUGACUGGAAAUGCGUUUGUUUUAUGCUCACCUAAGCAAGAUCGAAUUCCAUCGAAUCCCUGCCAGCCUUCACCUUGUGGGCCGAACAGUCACUGUCAAAUAGUAAAUGGACAGGCUGUGUGUUCUUGUAUUCCUGGUGUUAUAGGAUCACCACCUACUUGCAAGCCAGAAUGUGUAAUCAGUUCCGAUUGUGUUCAAAACAAAGCAUGUAAUAAUCAGAAGUGUAUAAACCCAUGUCCUGGUACAUGUGGUUUGUCAGCUCAAUGUGUUGUUGUGAACCAUAAUCCUAUAUGCAGUUGUCCUUCGCAACUUACGGGAGAUCCAUUUGUACGAUGCUAUCCAGCAGUAAGAGAACCUGACGUACCGAAAGAUCCUUGUCAACCAUCUCCAUGUGGCCCCAAUGCCAAAUGUUUAAUCGUAAAUGACAGUCCAUCGUGUUCUUGCCUAAGCGAAUUCACCGGGGUUCCGCCCAAUUGUAGACCAGAGUGUAUCAGCAACACUGAUUGUUCUAGUCACUUAGCAUGUAUUAAUCAAAAAUGUAAGGACCCUUGUCCUGGUUCAUGUGGCAUAAACACUGAAUGUCGAGCAAUCAGCCACACCCCUAUGUGUAUUUGUGCUAGCGGAUUUACUGGAAAUCCAUUUGUACAAUGUACUCCGCACCAGAUUCAACAACCAAUUGAAGUUGAUGUGUGCUCACCAUCACCGUGUGGUUCAAAUGCUAUAUGCCGUGAAUUGAAUGGUGCAGGCUCUUGCGUAUGUUUGCCAGAAUAUGUUGGAAACCCAUAUGAAGGCUGCCGACCAGAAUGUGUAAUUAAUUCGGAUUGCGCAGCAGACAAAGCUUGCAUCCGGUCUAAAUGUCAGAAUCCCUGCCCAGGGACCUGUGGAGCAAAUGCUUAUUGCCAAGUAAUCAAUCACUACCCAACAUGUACUUGCCAAACAGGCUACAGUGGUGAUCCAUUCCGUUAUUGUAGUGUGAUAACAUUUGACCAACCUACACUUACGGAUCCUUGCAAACCGUCACCUUGUGGACCGAACAGUCAAUGUCGUGCUGUGAAUCAGAAAGCUGAAUGUACAUGUCUACCAAACUAUUUCGGAAGUCCACCAUUCUGUAAACCGGAAUGUAGAGUAAAUUCUGAAUGCCCGUCUAAUCGUGCCUGUAUGAAUUUGAAAUGCGUUGAUCCAUGCCCAGGCAUUUGUGGUACUAAUGCGAGAUGCGAAACUAUGAACCACAGUCCAAUUUGCAGUUGCAAUGCUGGUCAUACUGGCGAUCCGUUUAUAAGAUGUUUCGAAAUUCAAUUACCUGAGCCUCCACGAGUUGAUCCUUGUCUACCGUCACCGUGUGGUCCAUUUUCUAUAUGUAAAGCUAUAGGGGACAGUCCAUCAUGCUCUUGCACACAAAACUAUAUUGGCUCGCCUCCUAAUUGCCGCCCUGAAUGUGUAAUUAAUGAAGAUUGUCCAAGCAACAGAGCUUGUAUAAGAGAAAAAUGUAAAGACCCAUGCCCAGGAUCUUGUGGAUUAGGAGCACAGUGUAACGUAGUUUAUCACACCCCAAUGUGUACAUGUCCAGAAGGGUUCACAGGAGAUCCGUUCAAUAGAUGCAAUCUAACACCACCAAUAAAACCAGUACUGACGGAUCCAUGCAACCCAUCUCCCUGCGGAUCGAAUGCCAGAUGCGAUAAUGGUUCAUGCACUUGUUUGCCCGAAUAUCACGGAGAUCCGUACUACAUGUGCCGACCAGAAUGCGUCUUAAACACCGAUUGUCCUUACAACAAAGCUUGUAUUCGUAAUAAGUGUGUCGACCCUUGCCCCGGCGUUUGUGGUCAAAAUGCCGAAUGCAACGCUAUAAAUCAUGUACCCAUGUGCAACUGUUUACCGAACUAUGAAGGAGAUCCGUUCAGUUUCUGUCGGAUCGUUCAAAAAACACCGGAAGUGAAUCCUUGCAAUCCAUCACCCUGUGGGCCAAACAGUAUUUGCCGUGAACUAUCCAAUCAAGCUUCAUGCUUGUGCCUUCCUGAAUAUAAUGGAGUGCCACCCAACUGCAGACCUGAGUGUUCGGUCAGUUCUGACUGUGAGCAAAACAGAGCAUGUAUAAAUCAGAAAUGUCAAAACCCGUGCAUCAAUACUUGUGGUCAAUAUGCUCUAUGUACCGUGCGCAAUCACAAUCCCAUCUGCAGUUGUCCAGAAAAGUACACUGGCGAUCCGUUCGUUUAUUGUACACCUAUAAAGCCCUUAUAUACUCCUGAACCAACGGACCCUUGUAACCCGUCGCCCUGUGGACCAAAUUCUCAGUGCACGCCAACUACUGCCAAUACGCCCUCAUGCUCCUGUGUACCGCCCUACUUGGGGCUCCCACCAAAUUGUAGACCCGAGUGCGUUGUUAACGACGAGUGCCCUGCCCAUGAAGCCUGUAUUAAUUUGAAAUGUGGCGACCCUUGCAUAGGCUUAUGCGGAGCCAAUGCAUUAUGCGAUGUUACUUUACAUCAGCCACGAUGUUCAUGUUCCGAAGGAUAUACAGGAGACCCAUUUACAAUAUGUGCAAUUGUACCAUUUGAGCCGGAAAAACCAAUAGCUCUGUUAACACCGUGUAACCCAUCGCCAUGUGGAGUCAAUGCGUACUGUAGAGAAAGUUAUAACGCAGCUAUAUGCGAAUGCCAACCAGAGUACAGAGGCAACCCUUACGAAGCAUGUAGACCAGAGUGUUCUAUUAACAGUGAUUGUCCAAUGUCACAGGCUUGCAUACGAAAUAAAUGCCAAGAUCCUUGCCCCGGCACGUGCGGCGUUGGUGCAAUCUGUAGAGUCUCGAAUCAUGUUCCUGUGUGUUCUUGUCCUCCAACUACUGUUGGUGAUGCAUUUAGAAUAUGUCAAGCUGUUGUUGAAGAUUCCAGAGAAAAAGAUCCAUGCAAUCCUUCACCAUGUGGACCAAAUGCCAUCUGCCAGAGGCAAGGAAUCACAGUUUCGUGCGUAUGCCCACCAAGUUUGUUGGGUGAUCCGUUUAGUGUCAGUGGCUGUAAGCCUGAAUGCGUAUUGAGCUCUGAUUGCCCUGGAGAUAAAGCUUGUAUUAGCACAAAAUGUGUUAAUCCUUGUUUACAAGGUAUUUGCGGAUUUGGAGCCGAGUGCAAGGUCAUCAAUCACAGUCCACUGUGCAGUUGUCCCCAACCAAAAGUUGGCAAUCCAUUUGUUGAAUGUUACGAAAUCAAAGAAACCGAUCCGUGUAAUCCAUCUCCAUGCAAUGCCAACGGAGAAUGCCGUGUAAGAAACGGAGCUGCCGUGUGCAUAUAUCCAGAAUGUGUUAUCAAUCAAGAUUGUCCACGAAACAGAGCUUGUUACUCUCAGAAAUGUAGAGAUCCAUGCAUAGGAAGUUGCGGUAUUAAUUCGUUCUGCCAGACCGUAAAUCAUGCAGCUAUCUGUUCAUGCCCAAGUGGUUAUAUAGGAGACCCUCAAAUACAAUGUAGACCUCUCAUGAUUACUGAAGAUGUUCCAAAACCCGAAUGUACCAACAACGAAGAUUGUGCAAAUGACAAAGCCUGCAUAGAACAGCGAUGUAUCAAUCCUUGCAGCUUGAAUUCGUGUGGCCAGAAUAGCGUUUGCCAUGUUCAAUUGCACAGAGCAAUUUGUGUGUGCAAUGAUGGUUUCACUGGCAAUCCGCAACAGAAUUGUUAUGAACUUGGAUGCCGUAACGAUGACGAGUGUUCACUUAGUCAAACGUGUUACAACAAAGAAUGUAUCGACGCAUGUCUGAUCACACAGUGCGGCUCAAAUGCCAUGUGUCGUUCGAAUGGUUAUCAUAAAGCUCAUUGCUAUUGCCCUGAUGGAUACAUCGGUGAUGCUUAUCAAAUAUGUGAGAGACCUGAAUGUACAGUGGACAGCGACUGUGCGUUAUUCUUAGCUUGCCGCAAUACGAAAUGUGUAGAUCCAUGCGAUUGCUCGUCGUCAGCUCAAUGCUCUGUCUUCAACCAUCAACCAACAUGUAGAUGUCCACCCGGAUACAUUGGUGAUCCCUACAAAUCCUGCACACUAGAACCAAUAUUCCCAGCACCAGAAUGUACCAUGGAUGCAAAUUGUGCCAGUAGACUGGCGUGCUUCAGUGGAACGUGUAAAAAUCCAUGUGACCAAUCGCAUCACUGUGGCACCAACGCUAAGUGCACUGUCAUCGACACAUUACCUAUGAGGACAAUGGUUUGCGAAUGUUUACCAAACUUCAUCGGCGAUGCACAUGUUGCCUGUACACCAGUUGACAAAGCUAUCGAACUUGGCUGUAAAUCUGAUUCGGAUUGUAGUCCAAAUACAGCAUGUUUGAAUCGUCAAUGUAUUGAUCCAUGCACUACGAGACCCUGUGCAGCCUCAGCUGAAUGUCACGUGGAUAAUCAUAGGCACACGUGCCAGUGUCCAACGGACUUUACAGGCAACCCACUAUCAUACUGUUACAGAGAAAACGAAGCUUUACCAGAGUGCAUAUCAGACCUAGAAUGUUCUAUAAGCCAGGCAUGUCUGAACAAGCGUUGUCAAGAUCCAUGCUUGGGUAAUUCUUGUGGUUUGAAUGCAAAAUGUGUCACCAUAAAUCAUCACCCAACAUGUAAUUGUGAGCAAGGAUUUGCUGGAGACCCGCAAGUUCAAUGCUUUAGGCCGGAGUGUAGAACGGAUAAUGAUUGCCCAGUGGAUAAGGCCUGCAGAAAUGCGAAUUGUGUUAAUCCUUGCUCAAACGAAGAAAUACUGUGCGGUCGUGGAGCACAAUGCACUGUUUUCUCUCACAGAGCUCAGUGCAGCUGCCCGUCAGGAACUCAAGGAAAUCCACAAGUAGCCUGUGUUACAGGAAUUUGCCAGUAUAAUGAAGAUUGUGGGGAUCACGAAGCGUGCGACAGAUUAAACAGAGUUUGCAGACCCGUUUGUGAUUCUGAAACUUGCGCAGAAACUGCAACGUGUCUUGCAAGAGAUCAUCAACCAAAGUGCGUCUGUGCACCCGGAACAGUAGGAAACCCAUAUAUAGAAUGCACAGGAGAACCUAAAGAGCCGAACGGAAUUCGUCCACAAUGUACAGAAGACGCUGAAUGUCGUUCAGGGUUGGCAUGUAUCAAUGCAAGAUGUCAAGACCCAUGCGCUUCUAGUAAUAUGUGCAGUAAUGAUCAACAAUGCAGAGUAUUAGACACAUUACCACUGCGCACGAUGAUAUGUCAAUGCCCAACAGAUACAGUCACUGAUGAUAAUGGCAAUUGCAAGAAGAUUCCAGUGAACGACGUUCAAUGUCGUUCCGACCGAGAAUGUAGUGAUCCGGAAAAAUGCGACAGCGGAAGAUGCGUCGAAGCUUGCCGCUUGAAUCAAUGUGGAAUCAAUGCUCUAUGCAAAUCGGUAUCGCACAAUGCACUCUGCUCAUGUGCUCCAGGAUACACUGGAAAUGCGCACUUCGAGUGUACGAAUGAAGGUAGAGAACCAAUGCCAGGAAUACAACCAGAGUGUUAUGCCAAUGACGAAUGUGCGACUGACAAACAGUGCAUUAAUUAUCUUUGCGUAAAUCCGUGCGUUGCUGGUGACCCUUGUGGAAGAAACUCUUUGUGCCAUGUAGACAAGCAUAAUCCAGUAUGCAGAUGUCCAAAUAAUUACAUGGGCGAUCCUAAAACGGAGUGUAUACCACCUUCACUUGUCGUUGGCUGUGUAUCGAACAGCGAGUGUGCUGGUACUGAAGCAUGUGUCAAUGGCUUGUGCACCAGCCCUUGUAACUGUGGACCAAAUGCUAAGUGUACCGUCAGCAAUCAUUACCCAUCUUGUGUUUGUGCUCCUGGAUAUUCUGGAAACCCACAGCUCAGAUGUACUAAAGUGGAAUGCGAAACGAACAAUGACUGCAGUUAUACAGACACCUGCUACAACGGUCAAUGCGUGAGCCCAUGUAUAAUUGAAAACAAUUGCGCUAUUAACGCUGAGUGCUACGGUCAGAAUCAUCAAGCGUCAUGCCGAUGCGGUGUUGGAUUUUAUGGAAAUCCCGAAGUACUGUGCGAGAGACCAGAGUGCCACAGUGAUUUUGACUGUCCUCAUAAUCUCGCUUGUCAAAAUAUGCGUUGCAUAAAUCCUUGCCUCGAUCGGUCACCUUGUGCACAAAACGCCAUAUGCUAUGUACAGAAUCAUGCAGCUGCAUGUCGAUGUCCCGAAUAUGCACCUAGUGGAAAUCCAUUCUCGUAUUGUGAAAAACGGACCGUGAUUGCUAACAACACUCUAGAGUGCGAGAAGGAUAUUGAUUGUCCCAGCAAGUUAGCUUGUAUCAAAAAUAGCUGUCAGAAUCCGUGCGCAAUUAUUAGACCAUGCAUGGAAAAUGCCCGUUGUGAUGUCUUGGAUACCACUCCAGUAAGAACUAUGACCUGCACUUGCCCUGAAGGAUGGAUCACAGAUUCAGAUGGAAUAUGCAGACCUGUAUUGUUGGUUUCGACUGCCAGCUGCACAUCGGACGAUGAGUGUCGACAAAGUGAGUCAUGCAUCAACAGACUAUGCCGGGAUCCAUGUAAUUGUGGCGCAAACGCAGUCUGCUACGUUAAAGACCACAAGCCUGUAUGUUCCUGUGAACAGGGUUAUCAAGGAAAUCCAAAUCUGGCUUGUCACUCAGUUGAUUGCCAAGCAGAUUCCGAUUGCACAGAUGACAAGUCUUGCGUAAACAACAAUUGCGUGAAUCCGUGCUUACUUUCGAAUCCUUGUGCUAUAAACGCUGAAUGUUAUGCUACCAACCAUGUGACCAACUGUCGCUGUCGCAGCGGAUAUUAUGGUAAUCCGUUGGAGAGGUGCUUGGUGAUUGGGUGUUACACCAACAGUGAUUGCUCUGACGAUCACGCGUGUAUCAACAUGCAAUGUAUUGACCCAUGUCUUCGUGAUAGACCUUGUUCGCCACGCGCAGAGUGCAGAUCUCAAAACCAUAUACCAGUGUGCAGAUGCCCGCCACAGUAUAAUGGAAACCCAUACAUCAAUUGUCAGCCAAUAGAAGAGCCCGAAUGCCGACAAGACGGCGACUGUCCGACACAACUUGCAUGCCUUAAUCAAAAAUGUCAAGAUCCAUGUCCCGUCAUACACCCUUGUCAAGAUCCAUCCAAAUGUGAAGUACUGUCCACUUUCCCUGUUCGCACAAUGAUAUGCGUAUGCCCAAGCGGAUAUGUCAGUAGUGGCAGUGGCACGUGUCAACCAACGGCACCUAUCAUAGCGAUUGGAGAGUGUACGAGAGAUACAGACUGUGCCACGGACAAGGCCUGCAUUAACGCUGUAUGUAGAGAUCCUUGCAACUGCGGGGCAUUUGCUAUAUGCCAAGUUGUUAAUAAUAAACCAAUCUGCUCUUGCGAGGAUGGAUAUGAUGGGAAUCCAGAAAUACAGUGUGCACGAGUGCUUGGUUGUCAAUCCGAUGACGAGUGUAUUGGAACUCACACCUGUAUCCAGCAUAACUGCAUACCGGCAUGUUCACCGGCAUUGAUUGAUUGCGGAGAAGGAGCAGAGUGUCAUGGUAUAAACCAUAAGGGUAUUUGCGAGUGUCCGCCUGGCUUCGGUGGUAAUCCAAGAGUCAGUUGUGGGCUGCUGGGCUGCAGAAGUAGUACUGACUGUCCAACCAACAAGGCGUGCAUUAACAACAAGUGCGAAAAUCCCUGCAACUUUGAUGUGUGUAAUAACCAGACUGACUGUAAUGUUUACAACCAUGCCAUUGAAUGUACCUGUCCGCCGGGUUACAGAGGAAACCCCAAAUCUGGUUGCACCAAAGUCGUCGAAACAUGUCUAUCCGAUUCCGACUGCCCAUCACAGACAGCAUGCUUUAGUGGAGAGUGCGUUAAUCCUUGCAUUAGGAUCGAGCCAUGUGGUAUCAAUGCCCAAUGUACAGUACUCGAUUCUAAUCCAGUAAGGACAAUGAUUUGCGAAUGCCUACCAGGAUAUCGGGGUAACGCUGUUGUUCACUGUGAAAAAGAAAAUAUUUGUCCAAUUGAACGUGGUCAAAUUCGUAACAACAAAGGCGAAUGCGUCUGUCAGCCAGACUUUGCCAAGAAUGAAAACGAACUUUGCGUACCCUGCCGCGUCGAAGCUGGUAUGAAAAUCAACGAACAAGGUUAUUGCGAGUGCGCUCUAGAUAGAGGAAUGGUGAUAGAUCAGUACGGGCAUUGCAUAUGUGAUACUAACCACGGAUAUUAUCUAGAUAGGAAUGGAAACUGCAUUGCAAGAGGAAUAUCAAAAUGUAUGCAGGACAAUGAUUGCGACGACGAUAAAUAUUGUGAACAAAUUACACAUACGUGUCAAAACCCAUGCAACAACAAAAACUGUGGCAUCUAUGCUCGUUGUAAUGUGACGAAACAUGAAGCUGAAUGCGUCUGCAUUAAUGGCUACGUCAGAGACGCAAAUGGGGACUGCAUAUAUAACAGGACUACCAACUUCCGCACCGAUUUCCCAGCAUCAACAAUAGUCAGGUGUCUCUCUGAUGGAGUAGAAGUUCAAGUUCGAAUGAAUGAUCGAGGCUUCAAUGGAGUAAUUUAUGUCAAGGGAUACAGUAAAGACGAACAGUGUCAUCGUGUCAUCUCUACACCACGAGAUACUUUACCUCAAUUAGAAGUAUUCAAGGUUUCAUUCGGUAAUUGUGGACUGGUACACAUCAACGGCCAAGCUAGUUUUGUACUGGUUAUUCAGAAGCAUCCCAAACUUAUGACUUCAAUGGCACAAGCAUACUAUAUCAAGUGCCUGUACCAAACCGGAGAACAAAUUGUAACUCUUGGAUUCAAUGUUUCAAUGCUGACCACCGCAGGCACAAUUGCUAACACUGGACCUCCACCUAUGUGUGUAAUGAAAAUCGUUUCUCAAAAUGGCAAUGAAAUUAGCUCAGCUGAGAUCGGAGAUAAUCUUAUACUGCAAGUUGAUGUAGAACCCCAAACAAUUUAUGGUGGAUUCGCUCGCAAUUGCGUAGCUAAAACUAAGGAGGACAACAUGGAAAAUGAAUACGUGGUAACAGAUGAAAAUGGUUGCGCAACCGAUCCAACAAUAUUUGGCGAGUGGGUGCAUGGCCCAGACGGUCGAUCUUUAUGGGCUAGUUUUAACGCCUUCAAAUUCCCUAGUAGCGACAAUAUAAGAUUCCAGUGUAAUAUUCGCGUAUGCUUUGGAAAAUGUCAACCGGUGAAUUGCCGAGGCUAUAAUGCAUUUGGCAGACGACGCAGAGAUGUGGAACCUGAUCCAAACGACACUGCACUAAGUUUAGAUGACGACUACGGACAACUUCGAGAAGAAAUAAUAAUUCAAUCAAAUCUUAUAUUUACCGCUGAAAGAAAAGAAGAACGAUUUACAGCAGAUCCUGCCGAGGCUCCCUCAGCUCAGCGUGUAGAAGAUAUUUGCGUGUCUAUGGUUGGAUUCAUCAUUUCAUUAGUGAUUACUGCACUUUUGGCACUAGUCGCGGUAGCUAUUGCUGUCUCCUGUUGGUUAAUGGCGUAUCGUCGUCAGCCAAAGACUGCAGGACCGUUGCCGCAUCCCCCAGAAUUUCCAAAUCCGUUGUUCACUACAGAUUCUGUAGCUGAACCAUCUCCGGACUAUCAUUUGUCAUAAGUCUGUAGAGAUGAAUAAUUGUGUUAAUAUAGUUUAAAUAGGGGUUGAUAGAAAAAAAUUACGACAUUUCACGGAAUACGUUACUGACCAUUCGCGUCUUGGCCAGUGCUGCAUUUCUCAAUACAUCUCCUCCAAUGGCUAAUUUUUCUUUUUUUUUUCUAUGGGUUCAGUAAUCAACGAAAAUGUAAGAUCGUAAAAAAAAAAAAAAAAAAAUACAACCUAAUUCUCUCAUAUUGUUCGAAUAAUGGGAGAUUUAAUUGGUAUCUAUGGUGAUGGCCUAUUCCAUUAACUAGACUUACGUAAAACGACGUCAUGUCUACCAUUGAACUUUUCUACGCAUUUCUUUCCUUCUUUUACCUUCAGCCAUUGGAGGAUUUGAUUUAUAUAAAUAUCUAUUUUUUAAAUAAAUAUGAAUAGUUUAUUAUUAUAAUAACUUUAAUUAACUGUGAAGUCAAAUGAAUUAGUCUAAUAUAGAUUUCUUACUUGUAAUAGAAACGACUGUACAUUUUAUCUAAUAAAAUGCUAAUAAAAAUA